AUGAUUAUGCAUAAAUAUAUAACAAAACGUAAUGCUCCGUCUACUUCUGGUGAACCAGCGAAAAAAAAAUGCAGGUCAUAUAACAAUGAGUAUUUUAAGUAUGGGUUUAUUUCACUUGAUAAUAAGCCGCAAUGUGUUGUUUGCUUUCAAGUUCCAUCUCAAGAAAGUAUGAAACGUUCAAAAUUAAUUCGACAUCUGGAAACAAAUCACCCACUUUUAGUAAAAAAACCAAUUGACUUUUUUGAGCGUAAAUCACUUUUUUUAAAAAAUCAACAAACUUGUAUUCUUAAAUCAAGUCAGAAUAACACCGCAACACUUGAAGCAUCAUAUUUAGUAGCACUUAGGGUAGCUAGGGAAUCAAAGCCGCACACGAUUGCUGAGAACCUCAUUCUACUCGCUGCUAUUGAUAUGGUCAAUAUUAUGAUAGGUGCAGAAGAAGCAAACAAAUUAAAAACUAUUCCACUUUCAAAUGACACAAUAUCAAGACGAAUUAAUAAAAUAUCAUCGGAUGUGCACAAUCAAAUAGUACAAAAUCUAAAAUCAAGUGAGUAUUUUUCUAUUCAGUUUGACGAAUCAACAGACGUAACAAACUUGGCACAAUUUUUAUGUUUUGUUCGCUACGAAUGUGACGGGGCAAUUAAAGAAAAUAUGCUUUUUGCAAAUCAAUACCGGGUCAUGCUACUGGACAAGGUCUUUUUGAAUUAUUUAUUGAAACAACAAAAAAUUAAAAUUUGGAUUGGAACAAAUGUAUUUCAGUGUGUUCUGAUGACGCAAGAGCAAUAAGGGGGAAAAAUAGUGGUUUAAUAGUAAAAUUAAAAGAAUUAAUGCCACAUAUUGAAUGGAUACAUUGUUUUCUUCACAGGCAUUAUCAGCUGAUAAGACAUUACAGAUACAAUUUGCAUCUCCAGAUUUAAAUAAGUUUUGGAUUUCCCGUAAAAAUGAACAUGGAAGUUUGGUAACAGAGGCAUUGGAAAUUUUGAUUCCGUUCGCUACUUUUUAUUUAUGCGAAAAAGGAUUCACAUCCAUGGUGGCAAUAAAAACUAAGUAUAGAAAUCGUUUGUUAUCACUAGAAUUAACUUACUUUUAUAUGUUUCAAAUGUUGAACCACAAAUUAAGCAACUUUUAAAUUUAAAACAAAUUCAAAAAACACACUAAUUAUUUAUUUUUAUGUUUAUUAAUUUUUAAUGUAUAUCCUUAACGGGAUAAUUUUAUUAUUAUUAUUUUAAUUUUUCAAUAAAAAGUCUUAAAUAUUUAAAUUUAAAGGUACAUUUUGUAAAUCAGCGUUUCAUUAUUUUUGACCUGCGCGACCCCGAGUCACGACCCCCUGGUUGAGAAACGCUGGUCUACACAAAUCACANGCCAACUAAGAUGGCACCAGAAAUGGACAUCAUACCACACUAAACUUAACCAAACCAAACAUAAUAUAGAUAAUUGGACGUUUCCCUCAGAAAUACCAAGAAAAUUUGAAGUUAUACUAACAAGACUUAGAAUCGGACACACUCAAAUCUCCCAGUUUUCUAAUGGCCAAGGACGAACCACUAAUAUGGACAGCCUGUGGCGUUCAUGUCACCAUCAAACACAUUUUCACUGAAUGCCGAAUAUACCACGAGAUAUAUAAUACGAGAACAUUUUUCAACCUCACUGAUUCAAUAGCGGAAAUACUACGAAAUAACCGUCAGUCAAUAUCCAACAUCAUCGAAUUCAUCACAGCGGCCAAACUCCAAAUCAAGAUUUAAAAACUUAUAAUAAACUAGAUUAAUUAGAAUAAGUACACAAUAAUAUGUCAUUAUCAUAUACAAUAAUUGUAAACUAACGGCCCAAUGGCCGAGGGCCUAUUUAUUAAUAAAAAAAAAAAUAUAUUAAUGUUAAUUAAUAAUAACGUUUUUAUGCAAACUCUUCGUUAAAUUACCUAUAAAAAAAAAAAAAUCUAGAUUAAACUAUUUUACACUAUUGUUUAACAAGUAAUAUUAUAUUUUUCUAAUGUAACAAGUUUUCUGACAUAAAUAAAUAUUGUUAAAAUGAUAAAUUGGAAAGAUCAAUUUUUUAUUUUUCUUGUUCCGUUUUCUUAACAAUUGAGAAAAACGGAAAAAUUAACGAUAGCAACGGGUUCAAUAUUUUUGAUAUUAUUCUCUAGUUAUUAUAACUAGUUAGGUCUAAGAGAUCUGCAAUUUUCACAGAAUAUUUGAAUUAGCUUUUUCUGGACAUGGUAAAAAUGUUAAAAAGGUAUUUGAAACUUUCAAACAUUUAGUUUUUAUUUGUUUCUAUGAGGAUAAAAUAAUAUUAUUAUCUAUUAAUCGGAGGGGGGGGGCAGGACUGGGCUUCAAAAUAUUGGCCCAUACAGAACCCUAGUGAAGGUAUACCUACUUAAUAAAAUACACUUUUUAUACGAAACGAGAUUAAAUUUCAACAAAAUUAAUUUUUCAUUUUUCUGUGAUUAUAAUAAUUAAUAAUUCAACGGGUAAAUAUAAUUUUUAUAAUAUAUUGUUAAAAAAAAAAAAUAAAUAAAUAUAUGAUAUCGUUGUAUACGUUUUUACCACAAGCCAUUUGCAUAUUUAUCAAUUAAAAUUCCAUCGGCGAUUACAAUGUUAUCGCAACGGGUACAUAAGCAUAUUAAAUAUAAAAAAAAAAACCAUGGAGUCUUAUAUUACAACGAAAUAAAUUAUAAUCACAAAUCGAUGAAUUAAUUUAUGUUUUUAUUUUUUUUAAAUUCCUUUUGAACGAAAAAUCAUAAAUUCAAUUACGUGUCAAACUAUGUAUACAGGGUGAUCAAUCCUCGAUAAUACACUCAUUUUUUAAAAGACACCAUUUACAUUUAUUCGGAUUUUUUUAUUUAUUGGACGAUUUAAGAAACAAACAGCUACAAAGUGUUACCAAAUUAUUUAUCACAGUAUAUAUUGUAUUGGAUUGUUAAUAAAUCGCAUUUAAAUGUGUUUAAAGAAGAAAACGUGCAACCUCUAAUAUUCAAGUGGUUGCCUGUAAGAAAUUUUCUUUAAAUUUUUCGAAAAAUUAAAUUUCAUCAACUUAAAAAUAUCCAAAUACGAUUUCAAAUAUAUUUACAAGUAGAGCUACCUGUGUCAUAUUUAUAUUGUGAAAUCGUAAAAUAAACAAAAGAGUACACAAAAAACAAUAUGCAAGAGCAAAAACUACUCUCCACUUGAAGACUUAGUUAAAAUCAUCAGCUGUUAUAACUGUUAACAAUUAUAACUUUUAUAAUAUUCGAAAAAAUGAAACCAUCGUUGCACACGUUGUACAUGUUCUAUUUAUUUUUUUCCUAUGGUUAUUUGAUUUCCUAAUUAAGUCUGUAACUCAUCAAUUUUUUUCCACCCACAAAAUAGUUUUUAUAGUGGAAUUACGUAAGAAACUCAUGUAUAAUUUUUAAGUAUUUGUGAUUUGCGAAAAAAUGUUCGUCCGCAUGAAAUCAAUUAAAAACUGGAAAACUGGAUCAAAAUAUGUCAAAUGCCCAGGAUAUUGUAUUCCGCAAUUUAAGAAUUCAAUUACGUUUGGAAAAAGCCAAUAUGAGUAUUCUGCGAAAAUUCUAGGUUUUUACGAUUAUUUUUAACCGAAAAGAAAUAAAAGGAAAAUAAAAAUAAAAAAUAAUGAAAUCGUUUUUUCCGUAAACUUUCCAUAGGAAAACCAAUACAUUCCUCGUUACGCUCAGAAUCUAAAAAUAACUAAAUGAUUGCAGGAAUGCAAUGAGGUUGGUUCUGAAGUGCGCUUGAAUGGGUACAGCACUGAGCAUCGGUUGCGGGGUUAGAGAGUGUCGCUUUUCAGAGUAUAUAAGUACAUUUUGUUUUUUUUUUUUUUUAGUUUAGUAUAUAUAUAUUAUAACGUUUUUAAAGGUUUCACGAAACGAAAAAGAAACACGACGGAUUUAAAAAAAAUAAUAAUAACUUAAAACUAUAUACAUAAACGGACUCUGGAUAUUAUAGAUGAACACGUAGAAAACGCAUUACACGCCUUUAACCCGGUAUGCUCCAGUGAAAUUCGAUGUACCUAUAGGCAAUGGUUAGGGGUACGGAGUUUCCCUUUUUAUUUUAAGUGAAAUUAUCCGUCCCCUAUAGUAAUAUUGGCUUGUAGGUACCUAUAUAAUCAGACUGUUUCACUUUAUUUUGACAGAGCUGUCAUAGUAUAAAUGUAAGAUAUUGUUUUUUUGGGAUGGGCAAGUUUAUUUUUAAACCCCAUUAGUAUUUUAGUAGAUUUAACGUGUGUGGGAGGGAGAAAAAUAAUUUGAAAGUUUUGACUACGUGGCCUGUGAGUUUCCAGAAAGUUUCGCGUUUCUUUAUUGUACAGGUUAAUCUAUAACAGCAAAGACGGUUUUCCAUUCGAAGUUUUUCCCACUUAAUCCACUGACUAUAGAUAACUAUGUAGGUAUUGAAAAUUAAAUAAUCGCAAAGGUGCGUGCAUUAAAUGAAUAACAAGGUUACGAUUUUAAUUAUGAUAAGUUUCGGACCCGAAUUAAAUAUACAGUAUUUUUUUAAUAUUAUUCGUAAAUAAUAUUUUUAAAAAAAUAUAUAAAAAACAACUUUUGAACAAAAUCUUUAUAUUUAUCUUUUUCAGUAAAAACUAUAACGAAAAAAAAACAUAAAUCAGAAAAGUUUAUUAUAUUAUUAUUAUUAUUAAAAUUAUUAGCCCAGAGAAAAAAAAAUUAUUUUUUAGGUGACCGUUUUCAUUUUUACUAAUUUGAUUUAAAAAUCUAUACAAUUUAAAACUUUUACAUAUAAUAUCGUCCCAAAAAUGACACGAUACAACAACAAUCUAAUACGAGUAUAUUUUAUCACGUUUUUGCCGCUUGUAUUAUAUUACCGUUAUUUAGAGUAUUAUACCUGUACAGUAUUUUAUAAUUUAUUCGCGCGAAAUGCGAACUUUUAUAAUUAUUUUUUUCAUAAAUCUCCGUCACGAAAUCUUGUACAUAAUUGCAUGCGUUUAAUUUGGAAAAAAAAAAUACUUUAUACACCUAUUACUAUAUACUGUUACACGACCGAAUAUAUAUAAUUUGGCAACCCUGCAGAAUAUUAGAACCGGUUAUAAUAUAGGGACAUUUAUGUAUGUGCAAGGGGAUGAUACGGUUUACCCCUCCCUCUCCCCCACCAAUCAUUGGCUUAAAAGUACAUGAAUACUAUGAGUACUUGUAUAGCAAUUUUAUCUUGACAUUAUAAAGGUAUUUAAACCAAGUUACAUGGAAAAUGAACUCCACAAAUUGACUUUUUCUGGGCUUUUUACAGUUUUAUUUCCCCCUUCUCUCAUUUGAAAUGAUAGCAUCGGAGGAUCUGUGUGACCGUUUCCGCCGAAAUUCGCAUUCAUACUCCUCUACGCAUUGUAUGAUUUAUUAACGAAUCAUGAUACUAUAUCCCAUACCAUUCAAAAUUCCUGAGCACACCACUGCGUACUGAAAUCAAACGUCACGCGCCGUGUCUCCCCCUACCCAAGUUUAAAAGUGAAAUAUCUCAUCAACAGGUUGACGAGAAUCAAUAAUUUCAACACCAAAAUGUAUUUAAACUAAUACUUCGUCUGUUUAUUGAAUUUUUAACAAAGGUUGGGAUUAAACACUCUGUAUAAUGAUGAAACUGUUCCACGAGGACUCAUUUUUCCCAAUUAGAUAAAUUAUUUCAUUCUUGUUUUUAAUACCUAAUUUAUAUUAACUAAAAUUUUAAUUUUUUUAGAUUCUGAAUUUAGCGUAGAGUAUAUUGGUUUACAAAAAUUAUUAUUUUUUUUUUUUUUAUGUGAACACUUACUCUACCAGAAAGCUUAUUCCGAUUAUCAAGUAUAGUACCAUUUCUGAAAGGAAAUGUUCUCUGGGUGGUACUUUAGAAAAAUCGUUUUUUGAAAUUCUAUCACUAUCAACUGAAAUCCGCUCAGAAUCGUUAGCAAUGGUUUAUCGUUGCUUACAGAUACACAUUAAAUGCCCGUCAGUAACCUACCUAUCUAACUUCCCCCCUACAACAUUGGCUGCAUCUGUGUACGAAGUAUGUCCGUCCUUUCUUUACUUUUGUUUUCAUUUUUAAACAAAGGCAUCGAGAAUUGUGUAUAGGUAUCGGGUAUAUCUAGAUUAACGAGUUAAGAAUUCUAAUAUUUCGUUAUAAACAGUAUAUAAUUAAUGAUUAUAAAUAAUUUGUAUUAAUAAUAAUAUUGAUAAAUACUCAAAAUAAUAUAAAUGUAUUUUUUUUUUUUAUUUUUUUUCGUAGGAAAUAGCGGCUAUAUUGAUCAAUUUCGAAAGACACAGCGAAUGGCAAUCAAAAGAGGUGAAAAUAAGGUAAGUUUUACGGUUUUAUUGUUUUAUAUGUAUACAACAUUAUUCGUAUGACCAUACUUUCGUGUAAUUUCGGGAACGACGUAGAAUAACAUGCAUUUCACGAUUGUUUUACAACUCGCACGAAAUCUAAAAUUAAUAUGAACGUUUUUUUUUUUUAUAAUUGGUAGGUAGCUAACCUAACCUACCUAUAGAAAGGAGGUAGCUGUAAUUAUAUACGUUUUGUCAACUAAAUGUAUAUCAUUAUUAUAAUCUUUAUUCGCGUUUUAUUAUACAGAAUAAAUCGUACGAAAAUACAUUUGAAACGGGUAUGACAACGCGGGAGCUUAUCGAAUCGGGCAAAUAAAACUCAAAAAGUGUGUAAAUUAUUAUAUUACUGUAGGGUAUUAUGUAUAUAUGCGUCCGUAUUAUCUCACAUUCACGCGCGCAUUUCUACGAUCAUCCGAAUACGUUUUAUUUGUUUCUGUGAGGGGCGGGGGGGGGGGAAGAACAAAACAAAAAAAAAACCCCCCGUUUUAUUGGGUAAUUUAACGCAAUAACACGUAUAUAAAAUUACCCUGUUCGCAGACUAUUAUACAAUUUAAAGACGUACCUAAUAGUACUUAUAACAGUUCGAAUCGAUAGUGUGCUGGGGCUUCUGAGGUUUUUUUUUUUCCUUUCGUUACUAUUACUUUUACGUAUACAUAUAUACGUAAUAUAAUGCGCGUAGGUUCGCUACGUACACACAUACUCGUAUAACAUUCGCAAUGGAAGUCAUUUCGAACAAUUUAAAACGUAGUUCUCGAUUUUAAAUCGCAGCCGUUAAACUCUUACGUACCGUUCUAGUUAUUACAAUCAAUAUAACUAAUAGAAGUAAUAUGAUACGACGAUCGUAUUCUUAAUUCUUAUCUCUUAUACCUAUAUGAAUUCGAUUUCGAUAUUUUUUUUUUUUCACUCUUCGUCAUAAUAUACAUUUUAUUUAACCCGCCAAUACCGACCAAACAUCGUAUUAUUUUCAAAAGUCGUACACGCGUACAUUAUUUCACCAAUACUUCAACUUUGUAAAUCUGCCUCACGGGCAUACGUGCAAUAAAUGCAGAUAAUCUAAUAUUAUAAUAUUAUUGGACGUUUCUAUAGUCAUGGUAUUAAUGUAAAAUAUUAUAUUGAAAUUUUGAAAUCGGGAUAAAAGUGGGACGCGGUAUGCCUUAUCGUCCCGACUAGUAAGUUUCGUCAAUAAUUCACACUGAUUAAUAUUUUGUUUCAGUAAUAUUUUAAGCAAAUGUUACGAGUGAUCGAGCACUUGGCCGUACAUUUUGUUUAUCUUUACAUUCCAUAAAUUCCAUUUGAGUGUUAAUCUCGUAUACAGAUACGUAGGAAAAAAAAAAUUCGGAAGUUGGGUUAGAGGAAAGUUCAUUAAUAAAAAAAAUUAACAUUUUGAACUCCUGCCCCCAACCUCCUCACUGUAAACGUACUAAUAUUGUGACGUUGUAUGUAACAUCGAUGUUCGAUAGUCGUUUAUUCAUCAAUAAUCAAUUUUAUUGUAAACGACUCGGUACCGUUUUAUAGCGCCAGUUCAAAUUCAAUUUUUAAGAUCAUUUUCGUCUCCAUUUGAGAUAUGCGUUAUCGGUAUGAGCUGAAUGUACAAAUAAAAACUUCAAGUUAAAAACUAAUUAAAAAUAGAAAUUGGACGGUUUUGUAUUUUUGUUUGUUUUUUUUUUUUUUUUUAGUUAAAAGGUUAGGUUGUCGUUUAACUUGUCACCGUGUACCGAAAAAAAAAGAAGGGAUUUGUAAUGAAAAACGGAGGAACAGAAAAUAAGGGACGAUGUAAGGGGUGAGGGUAAGUCGAUGGCGACAACCUUGAACAACUCAGAGGUCGACGACUUGGGUCUAAGGUAGACCACCCUUGCACUAAACUCUUUAAAUAUAUAUAUAACUACAUAAUACAACGAAUCGAUGAUAAUUACAUUCGCUUUAAUAACAAAAUAAAAAACGUUUUGUUUUGUUUUUUUUUAUUUCUUCUUUUUUUUUUUAAUGUUCAAACUUCAAAGCAAUACGAUAAUAAUUAUAAACAUGAACGUGCAAGUCUCCAGAACUGCAGUUCUGUUAUACUGCGUGCGGUAUUUGUGUGCCAUUAUAAAAGAAAAAAAAAAUUAAACAGUUAUAGGUACGGCGUAAUAUUUUGAAAACAGAAAGGGGAAUAACGUUUAUAAAUUAUCGCACGACCAAAUCAACAUUUUUUUUUUUUUUUCUUUAACAUUUCCUAUCUAAUCGAAAGUUUUAAUGGUCAUAAUCGUAUUAUUACUGGUUUCGAUUUAUUCGGAAAAAAUAUUCGUUUAAAAACAAUAAUAAUCACAAAAAAAGAAGAAAAAACCGAAAUCAAACGCAUCGAAAAUCUUUGUAUUUUAAUUAAAAACUGUCUCGUGUGAUAGUUAUUUCUCAUGGCUUUACAAGGUAUGUAAUUAUUAUUAUUUUUAUUUUUUAGACCGAUAUUGACGCUUUUGACAGUACAAUAAUAUUAUUUUCGAUAGGUUAUAUAAGAGCGAAGAGAAUUACAGAAUAUUUUACAAAAUUUUGACAUGUCGUUUUUCCUAUAGAUUUUACUACAAUUUACGGUUAAAGAAAAUUAAAAAUAAAAAUCGUUUUUUUUUUGUUAGAAAUAAUAUACAUGCAUUGGAAGGCUUGCGCACACAAGUAAAAUCCUAUAUUAUGUAAAUAAAUAUAAUCUAAAACCCUUGAGGAUAUUUGGUAAAUCCAGCCAAAAAAUAAAAAUAAUAAUAAACAAAAAAAAAAAAACAAAAACAAAAACAAAUAGAAUCUUUUUCAGGAUGCGCUUUGCCAUUAUUCCGCCAACUGAAAAUAUUUUAUUAUGUGCGGUGUGCAUAAAUCACUUUGUACUGGACUGUCCCUUGUAGAUGACAGUGUGUGUACGUGUGCGUGCGUUUUUAUGCAUUUGUGUAUGUGUACGUGUACACUUGCAAUUUACAUCCGUCCGGCACGAGUGCCUUUUAAAACUUUUACCCUAUAUACGCAUACUGAAGAGCUCUCUACCGAAUUUGAGUUGACUAUUUUUAACAGCUUUAAUACUAAAUAAAAAAAAAAAGGGAGGAUGAAAACACAUUUUCAAGUCCAUUGUCUAAACACAUAUAUUUUUUUUUUACGUUUUUUUAUUAACAUAUUGCCAUUAGAAAUCGUGCCGAUUAUUUUUAAUCGAGUAGUAAACGCUCACAGUUCCAUAAUUACGACUAGAUCGUGCAGUAAAAUGUCAAUAUUUUGUCUAAAGAAAACACAGGCACAAAAUAUUAUUGUGUAUACUUUUUUUUUUUUAAGUAAAGAUAUUAGGUACUCCUUUUUUUUUACAAUAAUGCACUUUAUUUUGUAAAAAAAACAUCAUAUACUGUUAUAAAUCUACUUUUUUUGGCUAUAGACCCAAAAUAUUUAAAUAUAAAUUCCUAUGGGACUAUCAAUACCUACAUUUGAAUGAACUGCCGAAAUUGCCUAUUAAUUUGAAGUGAUGGUAAUUAAAAUUGUAUUUUGACCGUAUGAUCGAAUAGAUUGUUAUUGUUAUUGUUGUAAACAAGGUAACAAAAAAUACUGAUACUGCCGGCACACCGUUUACAGAGAGAAGUUAUACGGGAGGGGGGGAUAUUUAGUGUAAUUUAAGUCUGAACGAAACGAUUAAUCAUUGCUUUUAAAAAACAAUUCUUAGUAGAGUAUUGGUAUUUUACUCUUUGUUACCAAGAUGACCAAAGCAAAAUUUAUACUAAAAAUUACAGGGUUUUUCGAUUUAUUAAGAAAAACCACACAAGUAAAAAAGAUUAUGUUACCAGAGUGCCCAACGUACCAAUUACAUUGAAAAUGCUACAAUGGAGUUUUUAAUUGUAGUAAGAUUUCCUUUAAAAAAGUAUUAAGACACAAACAAAAAUCCUAAAGAUGACAUAAAAAAACAAGAGUUCCAACGAUUAAAAUAAAUUAGAACUUAACAUAACUUCGACCAAAAUAUAUUUAUUUUUUAUCAUUUAUCAAUAAAUUGUCACAUUUGCAUUUUUGAUAAAAAAUAAUACGAAUCAUUCGUAAUUUGAUUAAAUAAAUACAAAAUGUAAAACAAUUUUCAAUUGAUUUGUAUCAUUUUUAAUAAUCUAAAACAAUUUCCGAUUGAAAGAAUAGGCCCGCAGCAAGAUUGAUAUUUAAAUUCAAAUAUAUUAUACAUGUACAUUGUUUUAAACGAAUAUUAUUUCAGUUUAUUUCAAUUGUUUUCUGUAAAAGCAAUUGGUUUGUUUGCUAGCGCUGUAUAGUAGGUACCAUAGAGACAGUAUAAAUGUAUAAAAGUAAUAACUUUUUAUUAUAUAUAUUUUAAAAGCGACAAUAUUUAAAUAAGUCCGUUUAAAUGUUUACUCGGUGUUUUACUUUGUAGUCUGUUUAAAAAAUGAAAAAAUCAUUUUUAGAUAAUAGCGUUAAGAAGAAAAAUAUAAAAUAUUUUAUAUAAAUAUAUGUAUAACUUAUUUAUAAUCGACCUGUUUUAUGCGUUGUUUAGAUAAAAAAAAAAUAUUUAUUUUAUCUAAAUAAGAUAAAUGUAUAGUGUAUUUUAAUAAUAUCUACAGAUAAACAGAACAUCUAUCUAAUUUCUAGACAAUUAAUUUGACUCAAUUUUUUAAUUUUUGAUUUUCGAUCUUUGAUAUUUGGUUUCUUAAUACUCGAAGUAGUUGUUUAAUGUUUAAUACUUUAUUAGUUACUGAUUUUCCAUUUAAUGUUAAAAUAUCUUAAUUUCAGUAUUAAAAUAUAUUCACUUGAAACGCCAACCCCUAUGACAUUAAACAAUCGGUUUUAAAUAUAAAACAGUAUUUAUUAGAUAGGUCUUAUUUUAUGGUUUUAAAUAAAUACAUUUUGGAUUUGGUACAAUGUUUGUUAUUAAUUUUUAACUGUAAAUAAAUAAAUAAAUUAAGAUGUCUUUAUUAAACAUAAUUUAUAAUUCAUUUUCAAAUAGGAGAUACAUACAAAACUAUUGUAUUUUAUAUUUUAACAGGUUUCACAUUUUAUAAAAGGUUUUAAAACCUUAAAACUAAAAUAUUUUCCUUUUAUUAUCUUGUUAAGUCAUUUAUGUAUAUUAUCUGAUCUACAAAAAUUAUCAAUGAAUUAUCUAAAUUGCAAUUAAUGACUUUGAAGUUAACUUGGCACACAACUGUUAUCAUAAAUGAUUUCUGUACAAUAUUGAAAUGAGUAAUUUAUUUUUGCACCGAUCCUAUGCAAUUAGGAGGUGGGCAAAUUGUAUAUUAUUAUAACAAAUAUAAACCAAAGGAAUUAAAUUAUAUUCAAAGAUUUUUUACUUUUUUUUUAAAAAAAAAAGGUGAUGUUGCAUACGAUUAAGCCACUGUUGUGGGGAAGUAGUUUGAACGGUAGAAUAUACAGGAUAAUUUAGUUUUUGUAUACUGUAAGCAACGAUAAAUCAUUCCAAACGAAAUGAUGAUUCUGAGCGGAAAAGUGUAGUCAUAUUUUUUUCGGUUAUUGCUAAUUAUUAAGACUACAAGGAAAAUCAAAAUAUGAACGCGUCAAUUCACUUACUAUAUCCAAAAUUUUACAAGAAAGUACCUAUAAAGUUUUUGGUUAGAGCAAUAUUUCUUGUAGAAAAAUUAUUAUUAUUGACAGACAGGAAAAAAACAUAAAAUCACAGUAAAACCAAUACAUUUAUCACUGCACUCAGAAUCUAAAAUUAUGUACAUUUAGCCGUUACAAUCGAUUUGAUAGUUAAGUUUAUUUAAUUAGGAACGUCUAAUAAAUGACUGAUUUUAAAAAGAAAUAUCCGGUCGUUUUUCUGUCACAUUAUUGGUUGAUGUUCGAUAAUACGCUUUCCAUAAUACUUAUACAAGACACUCGAAUAGAUUCUAUUAGGUUAUCAUAAAUUAUAUCUCGUUCUCCCCCUCUAUCGUUCAUAUAAUAAUAUUUUAUGAUUGUUACGGUGCCAAUAACAAUCGAUCAUUCGUUCGCCAUCGAUCAAAGUGAUCGGACCCCCAUACCCGGAUCCGCAUUAAACGACCAUUCUAUCUUCUUUGAAGUCUCGAAAAUUACUUUUUCUGUUAUAUGAAUAAUACCGUUAUUAUAUUUCUUCAACUUGUGAUAUAAUACAAAUAUUAUCAUAUAUUUAAUAUUUAUACCAUAUAAAGGUGUGUUAGAACGUAUAGAUAUAACAUUUUUAUUUUUAUUUUACAAUCUGUAGAUUAGUUCGAGAUGUAAUGUUUCUUCACUCAUCACUACCCUAGAAAUUUUCUUAGAUUCUAUACAGAAUCUUGUUCCUAUAUCCAACAUAAUUUACCUCAUAUAUAACUUGGCCUUUUUCUACUUAGUUUCCCUUUCAAUUAUACACGUUACCCGUGUAUUAUUCCUUAUGUGAUAUUCUAUCCGUUUCUUUCUCUUUUUCCCUCUUUUAAUGACUUCCUUUCGUUAUUGCGGUAUAUUUUCUCUCCCAAUUAUUAUGAAAACAAUUAGGAAAAUCAAAAACUAACCUUUUCAAUUCACCAUCUAUGUAUAUUGUAAUUUUUUGAUUGGUGUAAGAUUUCUGAUGGAAAAGUCGUUUGGGUACAGGUUAUAAUAAUAAUAAUAAUAAUAAUAACACCAUUGAAUUCCUAGCAUCGUUCAGAAUCUAAAUCUAAUUAUUCAAAUAUCGUCCACAUUUUCGUCACAUUUUUUUUUAUUUAAAUUCGAGUUUUAUUUUGAAUUUGCCAUUCACGUGGUUCGUUAAUAAUCGAACCACACAAACCAUUAAAUCACAAACCAUUGUUCAACUAUUUAAAUUCGUAUUUGUUCUGCUCGGAAUUUAAACGGCUAUUUUUGUGCAAAAAUCAGAUAUUAUUUUCUUCCUCUGUCUUUUUUCCUUCAUUAUACCCCAUAAUAAGAGAUUGUCACUUUCCUAAUAAUUUGUAUACCAAUAGAAUGUGAGCGAUAUAUUUAAUAUUCAAGCCAAAUAAAUGAUUAGUGGAGGAAAACAGUCUCGCCCAUUAAAUCGCAUUAUUUAAUCUAUUGAUUAAAUGAGGUUAAAAAAAAAGAUUAUAUUAUUAUAUAACCUUUGACUAAAAUUAAUUUAAUAAUUAUUCCACUUUAUGGGUAAAAAUGAAUUCGGAUAAUUCCGAAUAUUAUCGUAAUUUUGUUUUAAAAAUCAUGUCGAAACAUUAUUAUGUGUCCACGGUUUCAUAUCGAUUGUUUUGUUCUAACUACCGGAUAAUUAUAUAUUUUAAAAUAAAAUACCUUGCUCAAUGGUAUAAUUUUUUAGAAUAGCCUGAAGUUCAAUAAAAAAAUAAAUUAUUAUUAUUAUUGUUAGGUAUUUUACUAGCUUGUUAUACAACGCUGAAGAUAAACAGUCUUAUCGAUAAAAUAAACAAAACCCUUUUUACUGCCUAGUACCUAGAUUUUUUUGUUGUUUUGUUUAUUUUAUCUAAAGAAAAACAAAGUCAGUGAAUAAUAGAAAUGAUUGAAUUUUUUUUAAAAUUGCUAUUUACGAUCAUCUGUAUUCUUGGCUGGAUUUUUUUUGUCUCAGGCGUUUUUAUUUUUAUCCGUUGGAAUCUAUUCGUAAGCAGAAAUCCGAAUGCGCAGGACAUCGUAAAUCAAAUAUUAUUUCGCGUGGUUUUGUGGGAGUAAUGAAAAAGAACAAAUAUACGUAUACACCAACUAUGUGUACAAAUCUUCAUCGGAUUAGUUUUCAAGAAUUCACGACACUGAUACACUCGUAGAAAUGGAUUGCACGGUAGUAUCGAAGAUUAUCAAGUCAGAAUACAGGAAUAUAUAGCACUGUAUGUUGUAUAUUCAGAUAAUUUAUUAUCCUACUAUAAAAUUCAAUCGUAAUUAUUUUAAACAAGAAAAAUUAAAUUAAAAUUUAACCGUAUACACGAAUUUUAUACGGAAUUUCUGUUUUAGCGAUACGUAAUUGAGUAUUAUAACACUUUCAUUAGUACUUUUAUUAAUCAGUACUUUGUGAAGUUUUUUUUUGGAGAAGAAGAAGAAGAAAAGUAUAUAAUAAAUGCUACCCAGCAAAAAUUCCUAAGUCAAUCGUAAUAUAUUAUAUAAGACUGCGGUAAGAAAAAUGACUUAGACGCGACGAGUUGACCAUGUACGGAGAAGACGAUAAAUUCGCAUCGUUUAUUAUUUUUUGUAAUUGUUUUCCACCGAACGUUAUCUGUUUGUUUUCAACGAUAAUAGACUAUGAUUGCGACGAAUGAAAAGAAAAAAAAAAAAACCGUUACAAUACUGCGGACGAGUUUCACCUCGAAUAUACAUUUUACUUACAUUUUGCGGAGUUACAGUGUUUUACUUACAUUUUGCGGAGUUACAGUGUUUAUGGGUAUUAAUAUAGUACGUUUAUGGGUGUUGUACACAGGUUUCAGCAUAAAAUAUGUUUUUCCUUGAAAGCGAAACGGUGCAAAUAUAUUGGACUUCAAUGUUACGAAUUUUUGACAAUAAGUCCAUUUAUUUUUACCAUUCAAAUAUAAUAUAUUGUAUUAUGUACAUCACACAAUAUUCAAUUUUUAAAAAGUUGUAAUACCUAAGAUUUGGCGAAUAAAAUUAUUUACAUUAAACUGUUAAAUAAUUUCUCUCGGUUUUUUUUUUAUGAAAACUUCAAAAAUUUCCGAGAAAAAAACUGUAAAUAUUCAAUUUAGUUUUUUAAAUUUUCAAAAUAAUCGUAUUUUUUUUUAAAAAAAAAAGAACAAAAAAAAUAAUAAAAUUGAGUGAAAAUCGACCAAAUUAAAACAUACUACGUUUUUGAUUUCGUAAGAAUAAUAGUUAUGUUAGCAAGACACGAAUCGCAUGCUUUCUGUUCAUGUUUGCGAUAUGCAUACCCAUUACGCUGUGUAUGAUUUUUCAAGUUCUCUUUCCAUAUUACCGACAAAUUAAAAUAAAUAUUACCGAAAAAAAAAAAAAAGCUGAUAAUGUUGAUGGGUGUGCCACUGGUUUAAAAAAGUUGUUGAAAGGUUAAAUAUAUCGACUAUUUAAUUUAAACUAUUAAAACGAUAAUAAAACGUUGUUUAAGGUUGUUUCCCUAUUCGGAAAGGUAUCCCAGAAAUCAAUAAAAAUUAUACAACAUAUUAACAGUUAUUCCCAUUUAUUAAAAAAACUACAAAGAGAAUCAAAAACUACCUCUCCUUUAUAUCAUCAUUAUCAAUAAUUCGGCAACAAUAUUUCAAAAGUUUUAGAUUUUUGAUAGAACAAUGUUGUUUACAGUACAGACACAACAAAAAAACACUUCAUAGCAAAACUAAUAUAAUUCUCGGCUAGUAUAGAAUCUAAAAAAACCAACAAACCUUAUUACAGCUUUUAAACUUCCAUAAACACCAAUAAAUUAUUGUUUGUUAUUGGAUGACUCGUUAAUUUACAAAAUAUCCAUCAAAUCAUAAUUUUAUAUCAGGUAUCAGUCGCAUAAAUCACAAUCGUAAAACUUUUUGUGAACAUAUUAUCACAUAUCGGAAAUACACUAUUUCAUUCGCGCAUACGUCAUUUUUCGUAUCGGCGUUUCAACUUGGACUGAUAUUGCGCUACGGUCAAAUGAACCGUAUCAGUUACUAGGUAUAGGUGGUAAAAAAAAAAAAAAAAAAAACAUUUUUGAUCGCGACCGGCGCGGAGGUUUUCUUUAAUAACUUUAAAUGUUACGAGGUUUUUUUUUUUUUUCCUGUAAUUCUACUCCCCGUGAAUAACUAAAACUAGAGUGUUGUUGACUCGGUUUGCAAAAGAGCGUGAAAAAAAACUUUCGUUUUAAAGUUUCCAAAUGAAGUUGAUGUUUUUGCAGCCUUUCGCCCCCGAUUGAAAAGUUUUCGAAUAAACGAGGAAUAAAUAAUUAAAUUGUCACCCGUCAAGAAACUACUCGAGAGACUAUACUAUAGGUACUACUAUACUAUAUACUGUAACGGCGAUUCAGAAGCGAAGAUCAUUCUCUGGCGACUAGUUUUUUUUUUCUUUUUUCUUUGCUCUGCGAACACGCCAGAAACAUUUUAAGUGGUAGCAAUUUUGUAGACGAAAGAGAGGAAACCACGGUCCCUACUUGGGAAACUUGUACACAUUCUAGUAAAUUUCAUUUAAUUUGCAUAUCUUAGAGUUUACGUAUUUAAAGAAAACGUAAGAAGAAGUUUCCCGCGUUUCGUUUCAUUAUAAAUGAUUCACAUCACCACUAUAAAUACAUGAACCCGCAGCUGUUAUUUUUGAAAACACGGUACUAGGUAUACUUACAAUAUUACCGAGAUUUAAAUAAUUUACGAAUGACCGUUGAUCGUUGUGUCACUUGUUUCGUAUAAUCUUUAAAAUCAACCAAAUACAAUAAUAGAAAGAAAAAAUAACGUUAACAAUAAAACUCUGUAAAACAAAUUUACAUUUAACAAUUUCCUCACGCAUAUAUAGGGGAAAAAAUGGACGAAAAUAUUAUCAAAUGUAAAACUUUCUCUAUGUAGUUUGAAAAAUUCAACAUGUACAUUUAUAGAUAUUUACUUUGAAUACGGAUGGGUCUUGUAGUGGCGGGAUUUUGGGCAAUGGAAGUAUUCCGAGGAGGCAAAAGUAACGCAUUACAUCAAACGACAACGGAUACACAAGUAUUGAAAACGAUUAAUUCGUAUACAGAACUAUAGUAGACACAAAUAAUACAUCAUUAUUUUAACAUUCGAAAUAGAACGACGCUAUAAAACGUAUAAGCAAUAACAGUAAUAUUGAUAAUUGAAAAAACAGUGCGUUAUUGGCGAAAAACAUUCAAUACAGAGUACAGCCUGUUCGAGAUCACUAUCGAACAAAACGUAUUCGGUUCAUGUUAUGCUGUGAAAACAUAACCGAGAAUUCAAACAUUUAUUAUUUAGCAUUUGUAGACCCGGUGAUAACAUGUACGAAUAGUGAAUUCAAAGAAAAUGAAUUACGUUAAUUGUGAAAUUCUUGGUUAUGUGUAGUUACAGCAUAAUAAUAAUAUUAUAAUAUACUAUUGUUUACUGAUUUAACUUGGCAAAGCCAUUAAUAUCACUAAUCUCGUGGCAGAAGUAAUAAACUAUUAGCGAGUUGUUUUAUGGGGGUAUUUGGGGCGAACAUAACUCCCCGCGGGUCUGUGAAUAAUGAUAAUUAUUUUUAUGCCCUCGUGAGUUUUUACCAAGUGCCGUUAACGGGCGGACCAUAAAUGCGAAUUUUCAGAGUUGACGACAAGACAAUAAUACUUUAGUAGAUAAUUGAAAAUAUUCAAAGUCCACUAUAAUUGUUAUCGUAAGAGCCCGUUCGCACGAACCCGGGAGAGUCGGCCGUUUUACCGUAUUCGGUUGUUUUAUCGCACGGAACUGUAUGCGGAAAAAUUACGGACUAUUAGGUCGAUUUCGUCAUUCGGUUGUUUCACUGUAAAUCGUUUUCGAUGGGGACGCGCAUAAAAUACGAACGUAUUUCGUUAGAAUGAUAUUUUUUUUCAGUAAAAUAAAUAAUCCGAAACAUUUUUUAGAAAAUUAUUCGUACAGUAUUUUGUAAAGAAAAAUAUUUUGGUCGAAAAUAUAAUAUCAGAAUAAUAUUCGGUACGAAGACAUUUUUAUAGAAAAAUAUUGUUUUAGAACCGUAUUUCGAUAGAAUGUACCACAGAGUUAAUCCGUGGAAAAUACCUAUAAAGGUAAAUGAUAACACUGACGACUCGUAUCAUCUGUUAACCGCUGUUAAUUAACUAUAUAAAUUAGUCAAUAGCAUCAAUUUAUUUUUUAUGCUGUGCAAAACGCACAAAGCUGUUCGGCUGUGCAGCUGUCAGGCUAGUGGCACGCACAUAUUAGAUACGUAAUAAGUCAAUAUAUUAUUUAAUGACUAAUAAGUUGUAGAGCGCACACUAGUGUCCUACGGUAAGACACGGUGGCUUACACAAUAAAUAAGUGUAUCAGUAACCAACCGUUUGUUUUUAGGUUAUCUGCCUACAACUUUACCGCGGCCAUAUAGAUUUAUCUAUAGCCAUGCCGUGGCUUGCGUUUUCAACAGCGCGCUCUAUUUGUAUUUAAUAUAACCAAUUUUCUAACUAAAUACGGUUCUAAUGAAUUAUUUUUCGAACGGUUUAUUAUCGUAUACAAUACUUUUCGGACAAACAACUUUCCCAGUAAAAUAUUAUUCCGUCAUUUUAUUUUCGUAUUAAUUAUUUUUCGACUGAAAUACUUGUGCUGCUCGAAUAAUUUCCCAACGAAAAAUAGAUUACCGUAUACGGUCAUACGGUGGUAAAACCGAUUCGGCCGCCUAUCGUUGCAAAAUGUAUUUAUAUACGUAUUGCAAUCAGACGAACCGGUAUUUCGACCGAUAACGCGUCGAUAUUCGCCGGUGCUUUAUGAUUGCAGCCGACUAGCGCGUAAUGGACGACGACACUGAAACGCUUAUAUAAUAUCAUCAAGACCCGCGGCGUUGCGUGAUGAACCGUCGGAUGUAUACACCGCGGUGGACGGCCGAAAGAGCGAGCGCGGGAUAGGGUAGAAAUACCGCGGUAGUGUCAAUCCGUUGCUGUUUGCGAUACUUGCGGUACCAGUGUUAUGGCGUUUCAAUCCGUCCGGAUGAGCGCACGGGACUGAAAACUGCGCGCGGGUUCGGAAUAUACGGCGGGGUCGCCGCGCGGAUAGCAAUAUACAGCGGGAUCGCCGCGCGGAUCGCAAUAUACAGCGGGGUCGCCGCGCGGGUCGCAAUAUACAGCGGGGUCGCCGCGCGGCAUACGGUAAAACGCCCGUUCGAACGGCCCCGGGCCUGAGGGCAUCCGAGGAUCAUCGGUAACGUGUCCCGGACACGGUAAGAAUCGUGCGAACGGGCUUCAACAAACAGUCGCGAAAUUCGAUCGCGGUCGUCCCCGGUCACCGUCAUUACUGUAUCUAUUGUGUGUCGUCGCGGAACCGCGGAACCAUCGAACUGUCGCGCGACUGCACGCGCGCGUGGUCGCGUCCACCCGCGAGAUCCACCGGCGCGCGUUCGGUCGCGAGUGUUACCUACCGUGGGUGACGGUUAUUUUUUUGGGAAAUUAUUCGGCACGACUUUUACAGGUCCCCACUCCCCCCCAUCCCCACGGCAGCGAAACGAUCGUUGUACGGGACAACGCUGUGUACGGAAUUCGUUACGGAAUCCUGGAAAUUAACGGGUUAUUUAUGCGGGACCGGAGGCGAAAGUAUUGUCAACGCGAGGUCCGGUACGCGAAUUUCGGAGUUUUUAUACACGGCGGGCGAACGGCACUUAUCGAUUAUUUAUAUAUAUAUAUAUUUUUUUUUUUUUUUUUCAUUAAUCCCGCAACCUUUGCGACGUUUAUCGCAUUUCGCGUGGCUUUAUAGCUACAGCGGGACGAUAUAAUGUACGCAUACACAUGUAUAUCCAAAUUUAUUAUUUUUAUUCGGGUACGCGCGCGUGAUGUUCGCCCCGUGCCCGAAACCCAUAAACACUAUUUAAAACGUCGCAUGGUCGUUCAUAAUACAAACGUUGGAUUCGACCGAGUUGAACAAUUCGUCUCCUGUGAAACGGUAUCAACGUGCAAACAUAAUGCACAUUGGCCGUCCGCACGCGGAAAGCGACGGAUAAUCGAAUAAAAUAUUUUUAGUCGAUAAAGACACGAAUAACGGUAAUUAUAUUAUUUUAUUGUACACCAUCGAAAUCAAUAACAUACCUUGUUCUCUCGUAUCGACGGCGUAACGUUUUCGUCCGUGCAGGUUGGAAACCCGAGUCGAUAGAUUUUCGACCGUGUUCCGAUAACGUCUCCGCCGUUGGUAUGAAAACGUGGUUUUCGGACCGUGCAUAGCGAUGGCCGACGAACGCAAAGUUACAGAACGGAAUAUCGACAAUGCGCGCACAUAAAAAAAAAAAAAAAACAAACGAAAAUGUGCAAUACAAAUUCACAUUCCGGUAGAUUAUUGAAGCGAUACAGUGAAUUACCGAAUGAAUAUUCGUCCGCGACGUAUUUCGGCGCAGACUGGGUACACUCUCGGCAUUUCAAUUAAAUGCAAACCGACUGCUGAACGCCAUGACGGACGCGCGGAACAACGAGAGCACCGCGCACCGACAACGGACUGAACCGACUGGGUUUUAUUUUCGACCGCCGUGGAAGGAAAUUUAUCAAUCGCGUUUUGCCUACUCGGAAUAGAUAAAAAUCCCCGGUGUCUCGGCAAUCGUUGUUCUAUUAUUAUUAUUUUCCGAAUUCAAGUACAAUACGAUGAUAAACGACGGUAGGUAUACGAUGCCAGUUAAUGUAUUAUGUAAACGUAUCGUAUAAAUAAAUUUUGCGCGUUACGACAUUUUAGGUUUGAACGCGUACGCCGGCGGCCGAUUAAACGGCCGUUUGGUCGGCAAACCGUGUACCGAGGCCCGUCUGAAUUAGACGUAUAAUAGUCGGGUUUUGAUAUUGCAAAAUGGAAUAUAAUUUGCCGUUGUUUUAACAAUAAAAUAAUUGAAGUACAUAGGAAUACUUCAAAGGUAGAAAAUUUCGUAAUUGAACAAAGUAGAAAAGACCGAACAAAUAACUCACAGGCGUAAAUAUCCAAGUUAUUCUACCUGCUAUACCCACCCCACUACCCCAUCGAUCACAAAUGAAUAUUAUUUGUAAUUAUAAUAGAUGCUACUGCAAUACUGCGCGUGAUACGUUAAACAGGUAUGUCAGCAAGCAUUUACGUGAACAAGCUAUUUAGCUUUACUUUCCAUGGAAUACGAAGCAGCACAACUCCUCGAUAUGAACGAUCUUGUUAACAAUUUUUCACAGGCUAUAGCUUGCAGAGAUUCUCUAUAAUUUCGUUUUAUUUGUAAAAAUAGUGUAAUUUUUUUUUUUUUUUUUUUUAUAAAAGAUUUGUUAGUAUAAAGUGAAUAUAAGUUGGUUAUUAUUUAUCGCAAAUGAAGCGAUCGGUUUUGUAAAUAUGUAAAAAAAAAAAAAAAACCGCAAAUAUGAACUCACUAGGUCAUGGGACAGAUUUUUAGCUCAUCUAGCUGUAAACAAAAGCCAUAGACAAAGUAUACAAUUCAUAUAACUUCUCAUCUUAACUUAUGAGUAUCGGUAAAUAAUGUUAAUCCGAUAACGCCAACAACACUGUACAGUGGCGCAACCAGGAUUUUUCAAAGACGGGGGAAGGCGGUCCAGACAUAAUAAAUGAUUUCGUUGCACGGCAAACUACAAAGUUUUAAAUUAUAUAUUUACGUGUACACCUAACGAUUAAUGAAGUUUCCAUAAUGCUAUAAUGAAAUACUACAAUUAUAUAACUAGCAAAAAAAAAGCAAUUUUUUUCUCAUACAUAGUUUUAUAUUUUUACCUUAGAUACUUAAAAUAAUAACGAUUUUAGUUGUGAAAUCCAACUAGCGUUUUUUCAUUGCCGAUACAUUUACAACUUCUUCAAACGAAACCGAUACAUCUCUAUACAUAUUAAAUUCACAAAAACUUAACGAUCUAAUCUAUUUUACCGAGUUUCUGUUUCUAAAAAUGUUUUAAAAUGUCUAUACCAUAAUUUAUAAAUGACAUACUUACAUAAAAUUCAGAUCAACAUUUUUUCAACGUUUAUAUAGUAUAAGGAGGGGGUGGAUUAUUUUUGAAAAUAAUUUUCUAGCCACAACGUGUCAUAAUAACCAAAUAUAAUAUUAUUGUACUACUAUCGAUUGAAAAAGUUUUGAUUAUAACUGCAUUUGGUCAGUUAUUUAUUUUAUAUCCCCCUCCAUCCUCAACACCCCAAUCCCGUCUUCAGAAGCAAAACCGUUCUGCGCUGUUAUCCACUCUUGUAUGUAUCGAGACGUCGCGGUUUGCGGUAAUAUUUGCUUUGAAGUUUCUCGCGUUUAUUAUCCGUCCCCCUCGAAACGUUCGCGAUAUUAUGAUUUCCAUUAAAGUUUCUAGUGAUGUUUUGUGUGAGUUUCGUAUCCCUAAAUUACUGAGUGUGUUCUUCAUAAUAUUGUGCUGGCAACUCUUUGUACACUUUCAUCCCGUUGUCGCUGUACUAUUUUCGUUCCGAUUAUUCCUCAUAAAGUGCAAUGUUUGACUUUCUAAUCGCUCGCUCUAAAUAUAUAGUUGUUGGCAACAUAUAAUAUAAAUGUAUAUGGCACGGAACAUAUAGGGAUAAUGUAGCUCUAUACUGCAAUCAGCGUAGCAAAAUGUUUUAAACAAGUCCCUAUGUUUAAAACGUUCCAAUAGUUCAAAAAUUAAACUAAAAUCAAUAAUAUAUUCUGAAGUGUGACAAUAAGAUCCCUAAGGGGCAGGUCAGACCCGACCCGAGUUUCGGCCUGACUUAAAUUCGGAUUGGAUUGGGCUGGAUCAUAAUUCAGUUUGGAUAAAAUUCGGGCCAACCAUAAAAUUAUUAAAUAGUUUAUUUAUUUUAUAUUAGAAAUGUAUUGGUUUUACUCGUGUGUUAUUUUCUGUCUUUGAGCAACUUUUCUAGGUAACAAAAAAGAAUUGCUGCAAUCAAAAAAAAUUACAAGAUUUAUUGCAUUUUAAAUCUAAUUGGCGAGUAAAAAAGUCUUUAUAUUUUUGUUAUUUAUUUAUUAUUCCUAGUAGACUUUUAUUUUUCUAGUCUUGUAUUAUUUUAUCAAAUUAUAAACCAUCGCGUAUUUUGUUUACCUGUAUAAUUAUCUAUUUAGUCAGAUUUCUAAGUCAAACUCCGCCGUAGAAAAUAUAAAAACUAUUACUACAAGAUGGAUAUGUUACGUAAAAAUAAUAUAAAUAUAAGCAACCAUAUAAUUAAUUAUACCUACUAGUUAGAUGCAUUGUAAGUAUCGAAAAGCAAUAUUUGAGAAUAUUUUAUUAUCAAUACCAUUGAUUAUAAACAGUAUUUAUAAUCAAUGUUAAUACUAACAGAGUACGCUAUACUUUAUUUCUUUAAAUUCCGUACAACAAGUGUAGAAAUAUUCAUUCAAAUAGUUUAUUGAUCAUAUUACAACAAAUACCGCAAAAAUAAGUCGCGAAAAGUUCGACGAUUUUCCAGUAUUAUGUUUCCAGUAAUUAUUGUUGAAAUCGAAUUAAAAUCGAAAUGUACACCUAAACAGAAAUAAUCGAAUCCGGAGCGUUUCUUAUAUUUGUGAAUAUUGUGAUUCUUGUUGUAAGAACAUUGAAUAAUCGUAAUAUUAAUCGUUAUACGUGAAGUAAUUGAAGAGCUUAGUAGUCAGUGUAACAACUGGUCUUUGUUAUUGUUGCAGUGUUGCACUGAGUCCUUUAAUUUAUCAAAUUUAUCAUUUUUCAAACACAACUAUUUUUUUUGAUGAUGUUAAUAUAAUUUUUUUUUUUUUUUUUUUAUGUAGACAUUUCUGAUGUAGUUCGGUUUUUUCAUUGUUAUAUUCAAUUAAUGUAGACAAUAUUUUAGAUUCCAAGCGUGGCGAAGGAGCUAUUGGUUUAACAAUACUGUUUAUUUCUUUUUUUUUUUUCUAGUUUGUGGACGCGUUUUUUCCUAAUAAACUUGCUCCGAUGUUUAAGUAUAGCACCUUUUUUAAAAGCUCAAGUUGUCUAGAUUGUACUUUAAACAGAUCAUUUUUUGACUUUCAACGCCAUUGUUUAAAUAAAAGCACUUAAGUGGAAAAUAAACGUAGGAAAACGUACAAUUUCACGAUUUUAUUAUUUUAUAAAACAUGGACGACGUUUUCUGCCAGAAAAAACGGUUUAAUAGAAAAAUCACAAGAUACCAUUUUUGUUGCCUUUUUGAUUUACUUUCUAACGGUAUCAUCGCUAAAACUUUUGAGAUUUUAAGGAAUUUUAAUUUUUGGGAGUUUUUUUGUUGUAACUCGGUUAUAAAUACACGUAAAGAUUUGAAACUUGGUAAUAUUACUUAUAUUAGACUUACCUAGAUGUGGUAAAAUCUCCAAAAUCAUUGGACGACUUUUUUAAAUUUUUUUACAAUGGUACUUCAUUUUUUUUUUUUUUUAUACUGCAGACCACUCUUAUCCUAGAAACUUGCUCCGAUGUAAAAGCGUAUAGCAUUUUUUUUUAAAGUCAAUUUUAUCUACUUGGUAAAUACAUAGGUCAUUUUUUGAUUUCCGAAACGGUAUUUAAAAUAAAAACAGGGAAGAAAACUACGAUUUACGUUAUUUUAAAUAAGUACCUACCACGUUUUAUAACACAAUUACGGCUCCAAUUGAACAACGACAAGAGACUAUAUUUUUGUUAAUUUUUUUUUUUUAAUAAGCGUUCUAAAAUCAAAUUUAAUCGAAAAUUGCAAAAAAAAAUUACGGCCCUUCAAAUUAUGUAUUACCGGACUGCGCUCGAAAUCGUUUUUCGUCAAGCAAUGGUUUACCGUUGUUUACCGUUUACUCGAAUACGACACUAUAUUAUGUAAAAUCUAAACGUACGGACAGUAAUGUUAUCCUUUUGUCUCAUCAAUAACAAUCAUUAUAUUUGUUUACCGAAUAUUGAUUUUUAUUAUUGUUUAAUGGGCGUACAACAGUAAAAUAUUUUAGUUUAUCGUGGCGCCACUAGAAGGGGAGGGAGAUAAACAUGGAUCAUGUUUUAUGCUGGCAAUUAUUGUUUUGACUAGGAACCGUUUUUCGAUAACCCCUCAAAAUUAUUACCGUCAGUUGCACUGUUGGUUUGAAUAAGUACCUUCAUUAUUAUGGGUGACAUACGAUUCCGCGCAAUGUAACUUUUUACCUAUACAAGAUUCCUUGAAUUUUUGUCAUACAAUCGAUUUUUUUUUACCCGAGAGGAAAGUAACACGAUUCCACAUAAAUAUUACUGUGACGUUGUCAGAUUUUGAAAAAAAAAUAAGAUAUGAUGUCAGAGAUUUAAUAAAAUGGUGUUACUACCUAAUCUUAAUGGAGAUGACUUUAGGGUUUAAAUCUCGUCAUUUCGAGUAAUUCUGUCCGAAUAAUUUCUACAGACUCACCAUAAACAACUGAUUCGUCACUUACAAUUUUCUCUAAUAACUAUUUUUUUCCUAUUUUAUUUUAUUAGGGGUAUCUCGAAAAAAUAAACGCCAUGCAAUUUUCAACUAAAAAGUGGCGGUCACUAUAAAAGUAGAUCACAUUUACACACACAGAUGAAUCUGUGUUUAUAUUAGUAAACUGUUGAAAUUUGUUUUUAUUAUAAUUGUGUCCUAUUUUGUUUUUUUCCUGUUAUUUUUUAUUUUAAACGACAUACGUGUACGUAUAUUCAAACACAUUGAAUACCUAAUGAAAAUUAAAAUAUCUUCAGUCACUAUUACAUACGCUUUAUUUGACAAGAGUCAUAAAUCGUAAAAUGAUAAGUCUCGAGCCGUUUACAACGCUUGUAUUCAUGUGAGGCCGCUUAGCAGUGUUAAACGUUGGAUUUGAUUAUAUAAAAACCGUACAUUUUAUUGAGCUCUACUUCCCACACAUGUGUUUCAGAUUUCUUUCCGACAUGAUCAUAGGAAUAUUUCUGAAUUAUUCAUAAUAUAGAUAUUUAUACCUAUAAAUUAUCAUAAACUAGCUACAUGUAAUAUUCAAGUGUGUAUGAUCGCUUGGAAUACAAAUUUAAAAAGACGAAAUAAUUAAUAUCUAUAUGAAGUACAAAAACUACCGAUUUUUCUACAACUCGUACAUACAUCAUUUACUCUAUUAUUACAAUGGUUUACUUAACUACUGAACAUAUAUCAAAAUUAUAUUUUGAAACGGCCUCGUACACCAAACGUCUUUAUUAAAAUUUUAGUCUUUGAUGUCUACUACAUCGGAGUUAUAUUAUGUAUUUCAGGCCCAAGAGCGGUUCGAUGUUAUUAUACAGUAGAAAGAAAGUGCGGUACAGGCGUGACGGAUACUGCUGGAAGAAGAGAAAAGACGGCAAGACCACUCGCGAAGAUCACAUGAAGUUAAAAGUUCAAGGGACCGAGGUGAGUUUUACACAAAUCGUGAUACAUUUUAGUGUCCAGCUAUAUUGGCUCGUAGCAUUAGUUCCAGUCAAUUUGAUUUAUAUUUUUUUUAAUUUUUCAAUCAUUAUAUUAUGAAAUCGUUUAAACUUUAUUUUAACAUUAUUUUCAAAUUUGUAUCUCUACUAAUAUACCUUGAAUGAAUUGGACUUUUUGAAUUUUCAAAUACCGAAAUCCGAUUUUAAACGCAGAUUCGAAUUGCAAAUAAUUUUCUAAAAAUAACGUGAUAUGUGCGUAACACUUUUAUCAAAUUAACCGUUUAUGAGUUUAUGGUUUAUAGCGGUUUAAAAUUUAGAUCGGACGACUAGGGAAGUAUUGCCGAUUUAUAAUUUAAGGGCUGUUCUCACCGAAUUUGAUUUUUUACACAUAGUUUAUAAGAUAACCUAUCUAUUGUGGUCAAAGUGUUUAAUAAGAAAUACUCGUUAAAUUAAGAUAACAAAAAUAGUAGGGGCAGACAUUGAAAACAGUGUUACAAUAAAAAGCUUAUAAGGCUCCGUAGUAUGAUUGAAUAAAAUGGAAAUUGAAUUCACUUAGAAUCCCUCAAGGAAAUCGCUGGAUCAUGAUAAAUGGAUUGCCCCGUAUACAAGUGUUUUUAUUUGCAAUGCAGUUUUUGCGAUUUUAUUAUAUUAUGAAAUUCACCGUCGUCGUUUUAUAAACGAUUCUCAUCAAUAUAUUAUAAUAAUAUAUUUUACUAAGUGAUAAAGACACGGUUGUAAUUUAUACGUAUAGGUUUUGGUUUAAUUGUGUAAUUUUUAAAAAAAAAGAAAGAUCGCUCAGAAACUGAAAAUAAAAUUGUUUUUUCUCACGAAUAUUUUAUCAUGUUAUGCAAAAAAUAUUUAACAGUCAAAAAUAAUUCAAAGUAACGUAUUACAUUGCAUUAUUAUUUCCCAUUGUAAAAAAAUCUAAUCGUUCGAGUAUGUGAUACGACAGAGCGUCAUAAUACUAUUUAUAUACUUAGUACGAACUGUACAAUACGUUAUGUAAAAAAAAAGAAAAAAAUACCGGUCAAUAAUGUACAAUAUAUUGAACACCUACGCAAAAAAUACAAUUUAAACGAAUUGAAAAGUAUAAAUUAAAUUUUUGACAGUUUUAUAAUCUAACGUAAAUUUAAUAUUGUUUUAAAAGGGCGUGAUGCCACUCGUAAUUCGACUGUAAAAAAAAAAAAAUGUUUUGGCGCGGGAAUAAACUACUCGGGUUUUACAGACUUAAUUAAAACAUCGAAUUUUCAACCUUAAAGAAAAUUCGCAUUGUGCAACGUUGAUUUUAUUUUUUCGACAUUAAAAAUAAUAAUAAAAAAAAAAAUGAUUAAGUUUUUAAACUCGAACGUAACUUAAUGCAUAACAAGUUCUCUUUAUUGAACGAUUAGCAUUUGGUUGCUAAACAGAGUCCAUAUUGCCCCAUAAACGGUUUUUUGUAACGGUUUUUCUGUAGAUUUCAACAUUACGCGUCAAAUAUUUUUGAUAAUGACAUGAGAGUACGGGACUACGUUAUAAUCAAUGGCGUAUAGUAUCAUAUCUCCUCUUCUUGGAUUUUCAUUUAUUUCAUUCAGUCCUCUAUCGGUACAGUUUUAUUAAUUUAAUCGAUUCAAAUGAAUGAAAUAUUUAGUUAUUAGGCACAUAACGUUAACCCGUAUUCUGGAAGUAAUUUUGAACAAUAUAACCGUAUAACUAUUAAAUUUCCAUUAUGGUUAAAAUUUAACCGAAAAUAUUUGAAAUUGAACACCUCAAAUUAAAUUUAAAAAUUAUUUUUAAUUUGACAUUCAGUUCCCUUUCUCCCCCCUCCCCUUAUGAUUGUGCCACUGGUAAUAAUAAUACGUGCAAAUGUAUUCGAAAAUGAAUUAAAAUUAUUUUCGAUUUAAUAAAAUUUUAUUUUUCCAAAAAUUGUCGACAUCAUCGCCUAGAUUUACGCGCGACUCUUUAAACCGGUACAAUCUAAUCGGCUCCCGUGCAUUGUUUGUUUUUUUUCAAACGGCUCCUAUCGAAAGAGGUUUUAUGAGCAGGCAAAUUCCCAAACGCUCCGAUAGUCAGUACUACUUAUAUUCAUCUCGUACUAAAAUACGUACAGACGUGACACAGAAACCGCUCGUAUCAUAUUUUGAUUUUUGUGAUAACAAAUUCUAUUGAAUCUAUUAAAAUUAUUGGAGUUUAGAUUUUACGUUUCAAGCAUUAAUUUAAAGUAAUAAAAUUGUACAGUAUAUCAAGUGAAAUCGGAAAGAAAUUAUGUUAAUGAAAAAAUAUUAGAUUUCUUUCCACUAAAAAUGCACAAUACACGUAGUUGUAAUUAAUCAAACUAAAGUAAUUAAGAAUAAUAGUAUUAGCGAAAUGUACGGUAGACAUCUGAAAAGUAACCAAUUGCAUUUAGAUGCCGAUGUUUUAAGGAGAAUGAAGAUUAGUAACAGUUUAAAGCGUAAAAAGCUCAAAAAAUACCGACACAUUUUCGUACAUACUUCUUUUGAAACAGUUCUAAGUCUGUAUGAAUUGGGAAGGGAUUAGUGUUGUUAAAAAAACUGGGAGCCGUUUGACAAAUUGACGUAUUUGUACUUACAACUGGAGCCGUUUGGGAAUUUAAUUUUUGAAAAAGGGGAGCCGUUUUGGAAAAAAAAAAAACGUGAGCCAAAUGGACUAUAUAGCCUCUGAAACACGGGAGGCAGCACGCUCCAGUAUUAACGCGCGUAUAUUAUUACUUUCAACUCGGUGAAAAUCUAACGACUAUCUCGUAAAAUUAGGUUUCGCGUCUUGACCUUUUUACACGGACAAUAAACUUUUGAUUGGGCUAUAUAAUAUAACAUAGUAUAUUAUAUAAGCGCGUAGCAAGUAUCGCGUGAAUUUAAUUCGAAAAUCCAAUACACUACGGAGUAAUAUAAACUACGUAGAAAAGUAUAUACGCGUAUUAUAAUAUAGGUGUAUAUGGCGCACUCUUAGAGGACCGAGAUCGUCGCGACCGUGAAAUUUGUUGAAAAAAUAUUUAAACAAAAAUAAAAUCAACACGGCUGCGAAUGAAGUCGCGUGCGAUUUCGUCAACUGUAUACAUGACAUUGUACUUAACAGUUAUCCGGUGCAAUUAUAGUUUACUAAUCAAUUAUCAAUAAUAAAUAAAUAAAACAAUCUGGUUUAAUUUGAUAAAUCAUUUCUAAAAUGUCUAAAUUUUAAUUUAUCUUCAUCUAUAACCUUCUGCUUUUAAAUAUUACAUUCGAUUUUAUGGAUUUUAUACUCUUCACGAGAGCCUUUAUAUUAUAAUAUUUUAAAUUCGAAUAAAAUCCUUUUUUUGACAUUUCCUUUAUUUCCCCGGUAUUAACUGAUUUUUACAAUCGAUCUUAUCAAUUCAAAUUUAAAAACGCGAACUGUUUUCCUUUUUCGGAUUGUAUACGUUUAAUAUUGCUUAACGUCGAUAUUAUAAUAUACACGCGUGUGACGACCAACGACGAACCGAAGAAGUAGAAAAUACCUAUUUUGAUUAACAAAAUUCCCAGCAUAAUAAUAUAUUUGAUGAUACACUGAUGUCGUUAAUAAUAAACGUUUAUGGGAAAACGCAAAAUAUUUAUACAUUAUUUCUAAGUUGUUAGUUACGUUUUAAUAAAUUAUGUAUACAUUUAUAAUAUGUAAUAGGUAAUGACAUUGCGAACAAAUAGUAAAUUGAUACGAUAUGGCAUAAUACGCAUAGCGAAAGUAAAUUCGAUAAAAAUUGUCUUCAAAAGUAACUGUCUUUAAUAAUAUGAAAGGCGAUUUUUUUUUUUUUUUUUAAUUGGUGCCCAUGGCCUGCGGAUGUAGCUUAAUCCGAACCUGAAUUACCGAUGAUGUGUCAACAGUACCAUAGCGACGGUCCUGUUCUGAUUUGGUGCGAUACGGGUAACGUAAUAUAUUCGGGUACACGGACACAUAUUAUUAUAAUAAUGAUAAUAUGAAGGGUACAGAAACCAAAAGUCACUUUUUUUGUCAAACUGAGAAAAGCGUGAUUUUAAUUUCAAAACGUAACAGAUUUUCUUUUUUACAAACUAAAAACUGCGGAUUAAGUGUAAUGUUAAACUUUUUGAAAUGUAGAAACCGCAACACAAUAAUAUCACAGUAUAUCAUUAUUAACCACGGUUAUAAACCAACACGCGUUUGGUUAUCAAUCGACUUACAGUCUGUUUUAGAUUCUGAGUGGAACGAGGAAUGUAUUGGUUUUACAAUGGUGUUUUUUUUUUCUGCUGUCGACAACUUUUCUACCAGAAAUUUUGUUCCAAUUCUUUUUCUGAAAGAAAAUCUGGCCGGUUAGGUUAGGUUACUUUAGGGAGGUUUUGUUUGUUUUUUUGAUUUUUUGAAAAAAACGUAGGAAUAACGGUUCAAAUCGUAGAUACUACGGUAUUUUUUAAAACAUUUACAAACUCCGUUCAUAGUCGUUUUUUCGUUACCAAAGAUUAAUCGUUGCGUACAAAAUGUAUAUGUUAGAUUCCCAUCUACAUAUUUUACCCUCCCAGCUCAUUCUCACCUAUAGCGUACAGAAACGUGUCCGUCUUUUUUAUUUCUCCCCCGUACAGGCCAUAAACUUCAGGCGCUCGUCACUCUCGACCAACCCGGUUCGAUCGCGUAAAAGAUACGGUUGACGUCAAUGCGAGUAAUUGUUUCAUAUUUUUACCGCCGGCAAUAUCGCCGAAAAGGAAACGGGGAAAAAAAAAAAAAAAAAAACAACGAUUAUUGCAAAAUCGUGUACACAAUAAUGUAUCGACGGUCCGCGCGGUUUAUUUACCGGGAAUAUAGUUUAGUCGUAUCGUUUUUUUUCUGAUUCUUCUUCCGCCCGAAAUGCACCGACAUCAAUACCCGCAGGACACCGGUGGACAAUUUUUAUAUUUAUUUAUUUUUUUUUUUACAUCCACUCGUCACGAAUACGCGUUUUCGCGAGUCCCCGGCGACGACGCGACGCACAGCCACCGAUAAAAUAUAGAUACAACAAUAAUAAUAAUAAUAAUAAUAAUAAUAAUAAUAAUGCACCGGCGGUACCGUAGGAAACGAAUAAUGUAAUACACUACCGGGUCGUCGUCGUUUUAAAAUGCAAAAUCAUAUUUGCUCCUUCCGGCGCGAGACUUAUACAUUAUUUCGAGCGUGACAAGUGUCGUUUGAACACGCGCGCGCUGGCGUUUUACGAAAUGUCGCGGGAUAAAAUAUAAUGCAUACAUGCAUACGUAUGCACACAUACGUACGAUAUACGAUUUCGAUUGUAGCGAGUGUAGCGACGUGUCGGGCGAAAAGGAUAAUACCGUGUACACAUAUAAUAAUAAUAAUAAUAAUAAUAAUAAUAUUACGUUGACACGGGUCAAAACGUCGUUUAUUAUCGCGCUCCCUGGACGUUUGCGUGUACAAGCUUCGGCUCUCUCGCGCCCUCCCGCGCUCUCCCGCCCUCUCGCUGACGGUCCGUCCCGCGAAAAAUACCGCCAAAUCUUUCCGAACACUGUCGACCAAACGGCGGCGUAUUGUAUCCCGUGAUUCGAAAUACUUACGUGUAUGUUACGACGACUCGGGCCGAUCUCGCCGUCGUAUUACAUCGCGCUGUAUAAUCCGUCUAUAACGUUAUAUAUUUUUAAAACGCAGUCGCCGCCCGCGGGCUUUCAAACAAGCGGAAACAAUAUUGUACGCGAAAAAUAAAUAACGCGUUGUUCGCCGGAAGCAUAUUGUUAUUAUUAUUAUUAUUAUUAUUAUUAUUAUUAAUACGUAUCUCGGUCGUUUGUGCGAUAUUUUCCAAACGAAUAGUCGAGAAAUCGAAUCGUUAUUGUGUAUUAUAUUAUAUUAUAUUAUUGUGUACUGACGUUUUCUCUCUCUCUCUCUCUCUCAAAACGGUAAAAUAAGUAUAUUGUUAUUUAUAAAACAAAGUCGCUGUCCGCGUCCGAGCGCCUUCGCUACGGUUUUUUCUAGACCGCGCAACGGAUUUCGAUACGGUUUUCGCGGGGUUGUCGUUUGAGCAUCGUCCGUUUACUCGCGCCACAUCAUUUGCGCAUCGACAUAACGGACAAUUGAAAGGUUCAAUAUGUAAACAAUAAACCAAUAAACUGAUAAAUGAUCGGUUGUUUAACCGAUCAUACUUCGCACGAUGUGUGGGCCACCGUUAUAGGCAGGGAUGGAUCCGGGGGGUGGGGGUGUAAAGGCCCAGCCCUCCCCCCCAAAUAUAAUGUUUAUCUAACGUUGUUUAUCCUAACCUAACCUUACGUAUCUGUUGACUGUGAUUACAAUAUUGUAAUUUCGUGUUAUUAAUCGUUGUCAUCACGAGAGUACGCCACGUCGCCACCAAAGUUGGUACCGGACAAUCACAGAUUGUGGUCGAUUAAACUAUAAUGGCACUAUAAAUAGAACAAUAGACAUUAUCAUUAUAUUUGUGUUGUAAAAAACUUGUUAGGCCCCCCCUCCCUAAAUCUUUGCUCUGGAUCCGUGUUUAGUUCUAGGUGCGAAGUUGGGAAGGUAGACGGGAAAUUUAAUGUUUAUCUGUACGCAACAAUUAAUCUACUACUAGCAUUACUAACGCUAAACGAUUCUGAGCGGAAUUCGGUUAUACACGUUUUGAAAAGCCGUAAUAUUUACGGUUUGAAAACAAUAGAUUUCGUACAUUUUCCCGAUUUUCCUUACAUUUUUCUGUUUUCAUUAUUAAUAUUGAUAUUUAUUGGUUAUCUACUGGUAAUAGGUAUGGUAAAUUUAUUGAUUUUUUAAAUAUUUCAAUUGUUUAUCGAGAUCUCGUGUUUUAAAUUUCUCUUAAUUUAAACCGUUAACAACAUACUGGGAGAUUAAAAUGAUACGAAAUUCAUCCGUAACACCCAUAGACAAACACUCUUCUUUGUAAAAUAUAUAAUAAGUCUCUUUGGCCCCAACUCAACCACGGAGUCGCCAAUCGUGGAAAUACGGAAUGCCUUUGUUGUUACGCGAGGACAUAUAGUGAUAACAAAUGCGUAUAAGUGGCGAGGCCCUUUAACCGUAGAAUCAGAUUUGACUAAGAAAUUAAAUUACGAUAACACCAUUGGUACAUUUUCCAAUGAAAUGGCUCGGUGUAAACGUUCGAUUUCAAUUUUCUUCAUUCAAAUUUAAUUAUUACAUGUACAAUAUAAUACAUCCAUUACGCUUUUGUGUAUAAGCGUAAGUAUUUGCGAUGUAUACUCUACAAUAUGUUUUUAGAUUUUUAAUAAAGCGAAACAUUAAAUGCCGCCGAACAUAUUAUUAUUGUAGUCAUCCGGAGACGAAUGCAAUGUAAUAAUAUAAGUGUUGGGGAAAAUCGAUUAUAGGAAUGUACGAUGUAGUGGAUUUUGCCGUUUAUAUUAUAAUACUACUGAAAAGCUCGCGAGGUUUAUUUUAAGUUGUCUUUGCGGUAUAUCUAUGCGACGAAGGCGUAUAUGUUUUUCAUGAUUAUUCAUGUUAAAAUCGUUGGCGGUAGAAGAAACACGGGGUUAAGGUCGGAGAUUUGGCGGGACGGAGUAAUCAGAUUGUGCAUGCCACAAUAAUUGCAUGAGCAUCCGAGAUACGCGUUUUUUUUUUCACGACGGGAAUUAUAUAGAAAAAAAAUAUGCAACCCUCGUGAUUUACAAGUAUACGAAUUAUAAUAUGAUUAUAAUAAAUUCAAAAAUCCCCCCUCUUUUUAUUACGCUCUGUAUAUAUUAUUAUUCGCAAAGAAAUUCCAACAGUUUUAUUAUUGUGAUAAUUUUAUAAUGAUUUCAAUAAACCUCGACGGUUCAAUACGCGCAACAAAAUAAUCCGAAAUGUGUUCGAACGAGGGAAAACGAGUAUAAAGAUUUUAUGUAUUUUUAAACAUCUAUACCUGGAAAGCAAAAAAGUAUUUUAUUUGUCAUUAUAAAAAAGAUUUUGGGUAGUUUAUAUAUAAAUAUAUUUUAUACAUUUAAACUAUACAAUUUUUAAAAAAUACAAUAAUUAUCUCGUGACCAAAUUUACUUUUUUUUUUAUUUGGAGCUAAUAUACACUACCUAGUGUAGUGGGCUGAAGUGCCAACUAUUUGAAUUUAUUAUUGUGAUGCAAUAAUGUUUUAUUUUCGAGAUAAUAUAGGUAGGUACGCUAUAGCAUGGGGCAACGAGCUCUCAAAGUUGGCAUUAAAUCACGGGGCAAAAAAAUAUUUUCCCAAAAUUAAUAUUAUUUUUUAUUAUUGUUUAUCAGACAUAUAAAAAUCAUUUACAUUAUAUUAACAUAAGGUAUUUAUUUAUUUUAAAGUCAUUUUUACAGAAAUAGCUGUUCAAUUUAUUAACAAAAUAAGAAAAAUGUAUUAUUUAAAGUGUUAAAUAAAAUUAGUCUUGGUGUUCGUCAUCAUUGACAUCAUCAUCAUCGUCAUCUUCGUUAUUAUAAUUAUCAUCUGUUGCUAGUGGUUCCAUGAUAAAUUGAGUUCAAUAGACAAAAAAUCGGUAAGUUAUAAAAAAAAAAAUUAAAUUUUCAAAAUUAUAUUGAUUGAUUUAAUAAUGAAUUAUACGGCGGGCUUAUAUUACGACUGCUGUAACUAAAUAAAUGUAAGCCAAAUCACGUGCAUAAACCCGGUUUCCAAUGCAGUACGAACUCCUAUAUUGAUAUAUAUAAUAAUUCGAUAAGAUAAGUAAAUUGGAUAAAUGCUAUUUUUGCCAGCUUUCUAUGCCAUUCGCCCCACUGUGCGCUAUUACGUUAUGACAAUCCAUUAUUCUCUCGUUUAACUUGAUAUAUUUUUUUUAAAUUUUAUAGAUACCUGAAAAUACUGCGUUUUUCCCAUAAGAAAAGUGAUAUGAACCAAAAUAUCAUUUUUCGUGUUACUGCACUCUACCGUUCUGACAAUGCGAUGUAUUCGUAAAGGGAUAAAUUCCAAAAUUGUUCUGAAAACUUAAUUAUUCGGAUCGAUAUUAUAAUAUUAUAAAAUAUUAUGCCCGAUAUAGCAACUGGCGUAUUUAUAUUUUGGGCACGUAAUUCUCAUUAGUUUUCUUAUUAAAUCAUUCCAUCGCCGCAUAACUAUCUAUAAUCAAUUAUUAUUAUUAUUAUUAUCGUUUUUCAUUUUAAAUCCUCAAAUUCAAUUUUGGGUCAUUACCUUUUUUAAUGGCACUUACGAUAGCUCGCCUACUAUCUAAUUUUACGAUAUUGUCAUCUAUGUCAGUUAUACAAUUUUUAAAUAAUAUCUAAUAAACUGCAAUAAAACUUCGAAUUGUAUACCUGUAUAAAAAAAAAGAAACAUAAAAGAAGGAAAGUUUUAUUUCACUCUAGUUUAGCGACAUUCAAAAUUAAAAUUAUUAUUUAUGUUAUAUUGGGCUUAGGGACUUGUAGCUCAAAAACCCCGCAAACGUGUACUCGUUUAAUAUGCUUUAAAAAACAACCGAUGCAAUACAAUUUGAUCGUUACUGCCGGUAAAUGUGAGCCUUAUAUAGCGAGAAAUACUAUAAAUUAAUAAAUGUAUAGUAAAUACUUGAGAAAUAUAAGAUCCCUUAUACCCUUAUAUCCCUUAUCCCGACGACAUCUGUACCAGAAUCAAUUUAAUCUUACUUUUUCCGGACAUUUAGCGUAUCCCCCUGUAUAUUAUUAUACGAAGUGUUCUACGAUGAUCUGUCAUUUGAAAUAACUUUUGUUUUAUUCAAUAUUUUUGGUAUACCGGUAUUUUUUUUAAAAAUUAGUAGGUAUUUUUUUUCAAGUAGGGUUCCUAAAAUAAAAAAAAAAUAAAAAUUUGACUAUAGUGUUUAAGUCAUAAAUAAGAAAAUCCUUGUCAUUUGAUGAGCUCUGAGUUAAUAACAUAUUGAUUACUGAUGAAAUAUUACAAUAGAUUACAAUAGAUUACAAUAGAUCAUAAACUACAGUAAUAUUCACAUUUGUCAAAAAUUCAAAAUAAUUGUAAAAAAUAAAAGGCCGUACCAAAACAAAAGUUUUAGCCACCAAAAAUUUUUAAUUUUUAUUUUAAGUUCUUCCUCCUAAAAUUGUUUUUUUUUUUUUAAUAUAUUAACUUAGAUCGAUACUAAUUAUUUAAAAAAGAAAGUACACUAAAACUAUUGAAUAGAACAAAAGUUUUUUGAAGUGGCAGAUCAUCGUAGGACAUCCUGUAUAUAUAUAAACUAUACAUUCCCGUGAGAUAUUAGGUACCUAUACUCAAUAACUGUGUGUAGUAUAUUACGACGCGUACGAAAACAAAAACAUACAUUUUUCUUUUUUUUUUGGCAAACGAUCCCAAGUUCUAGUAACACAUAUCGUUAUUCCCCAGCUGAGUUAUUUCAUCUCCCCCCACUCUAUUAAUCGUGUUCUCUAGAAGUUUUGACGUUUUCGGACUGAAAUCCCUAUUUCUGUCGAAGUGUCGUCGUAUAUUAUAAUAUUUUAUAAACUGCGACGGUCAGACGAUAUUGUCUACGGCCGCAUCGACGGAUGUGUAACGCACGGUGAACCGAAAGCGACGGAAUACCAUAUAUUAUAAUAUUAUACACGUAUGUAUUUUUUUUUUUUUUGUGUCUAGAAUCAUCUUUCGAUUGCUAUUUUAGAUUAUGAUGUAGGCUAACCUAUCCUACCCAUAUACGUAUUAUUAUUCUAAGAUUUACAUUUCAAAAGGGCAUCUUUCUCCAUACACAAUAAUAAUAUAGCAUAUUAUUUUUAGAUUCUGAACGGAUUGAAAAAAACCGUAUUAUAUUACGGGAUUUACGAUAAUAGUACCUAUAUAAUAUGUAUUUUUCGGGAAACUAUUUUUUCGGUAUUGCGAGAAAUGCAUAACAGUUUACACGCAAAGCACAGUAAAUAUUUCGUACAUAAAUUCUAUUGAAAUAAUUAAUAGAAUUUCGAUUGGUGUAAUGGGACAAAUUUUCAAUAAUAUAAUUACAAUUUAUAAAUAUUGAAUACAUUGAGAAUUAUUGAGAACCGGAUUUUUAAUUUUAUGUAAUGAACAUAAAAAACUAGGCAAACCGUUAGCAAAUUAACAAAUCAAAAAAUGACCUCCUCAUUGCGCCAACUAGAUGCAAACUACAACAAAUAAGGUAGCUCAUUGUUUUUAAAUAGGAAAAAUAUUUCUGGUAGAAAAAUUGUUUGCAGGCAGUAAAAUAAGAACAAAACAUAAUAUCAUAGUAAAGUCAAUACAUUCCUCGCUACGCUCAGAAUCAAAUAAUCAAAAUAAAAUUUAAUGUAUUGUUAAAUUUUUUAAUAAAAAUAUUUAAAAUAUUUGUUUCUUGAAUAUUUCGUACGAUAUUAGGUUUCAACUUAAUUUAAGUUAUUGGAAUUUUCGUAACACGAUAUUACAAGUGUAUAAUGUAUUUUGUAUAAUCUCAUAAUAUUAUUCGAUUCAUUUAUAAUCAAACUUUUACCUUUGUCUAUAAAGAUUUAAGAGGAGUUAUUGAGGCGAAUGUAAAAUUAAGGAAAAAUUCGAAAAUAUUGAGCUUGUUGAUGGAAAUAAAAUAUAAUUUUUUAGAAUUCCAGACGGUUAGUUCGUUACAAAGUAAAUAUAAACGCACAACAUUUUUUUUUUUUUUUAAUACAGCGUUUUAAAAAUAUUGUACGUUCGUUUUGUAGUCUGUUAAUCUAUAUCGUUUAUACCAAAUAAAAUAUUAUGUUGGCACAAAACGCACGUGUAUCGUCUGUAUUUACACCAUGACGUGCCAUUUCCAGUCGGCCGACAGCCAGGCGUGAGAUAUUUUACAAGUGUUAUUGUUUAUAUUUAUUAUUGUGUUUGCGUAAAACUCUUUCCAUGAGGCGUUCUGGAACCGUUGGGUGUGUACUUAGCACUCACACGGAGGGACAGAUACCAACCGAGGUUUAUUUUCGGAAAUUAGUUUUACCGCGAAUUAUUUUUGUCAUACAAUACAAUUAAAAGAAAAAUAAACUCCCGUAUUUAUUGUGUAACACUAUGUGUGUAGUCGUGCUAUUGUUAUACUAGCGAAUCCAACUCGAAUUAUUGUUGUCGAAUGUUUGGGGGAAAAAAAAGAUGAUCGUGCAUUUUGUGUCUGGCACACAAUAAUGUGCAUUAUAAUAUUUAUAUUUAUCUUUUUCCGGCUACUUUUAGAUACUUUUAGCCUCUAGACCAAAUGAACUCAAAACUCGGGAUCUAGAUGUUCUUUUUUUAUAGAUGGAUUGAAGUUACACAAAAUUUGUGUUCAAUUGCAAAUUUAUCAUACUCCCCUUCUGCCUAAACUUAAAAAUCGAAUAUUAUAAUAAACAAUAACACGAAGGUAGUAAAACUGAUAUCGUGGUCCUAACUAGGAGUUAAGUCGCUAACACUCAGAAAUACCGUCGGGUUAAAAUAUGGGAGUUAAGAUUUCCGUUAACUUGGAAUUACCACCUAACUCCAGGUGGUGAAGUGGUUUUUUUUUCGUUAACUCAGGGUUAUCGGUAACUCACACUUGUAACUCUCGAAGGUGAAACCAGCCAUUAAUGAAUUGGCUUAUAUAUAAAAUAACAUGAUUUACUGACCGACUGACUGAUUUAUCAUCACCUAGCUUGAACUACUGGACAGAUCGUGCUGGAAUUUUACAUACAGAUAGCUAUUAUGACGUAGACAUCCACUAAGAAAAGAUUUUUGAAAAUUCAACCGCUAAGGGAGUAAAAUAGGGGUUUUUUAGGCAUUUUUGGUACACAUAUAUAUAUAUUUAUUUAUUUAUUUUUAUUUAUUCAAGGUGACAUUAAUGAUAAUUUGAUUAUCACGGACAAGAAAACUAUUAUUAUUAUUACCAUUAUUUACACUAUAAUCAAGUAACAGCAAAGCAUUGCCGGGUCAGCUAGUAUUAUUAUAUAAUGUCAUAACAGCUAUAACAACAUUGUAUAAUACUAUAAUCUUAAUAAAAUAAAUAUAUUAUAAAGAGGUAAAUAUAGUGUGACUGAACAUUUUGCAUUUUGCCAUUAACAUUUAACCAUUAAAGGCUUAUAUCUAAUAUUAAGUUGCACGAUAAUUUGAUUAACUCGCCCGCGCCUUUGGAGAAAACUAAUAACGCACACGGGUUCUUACUUACCAAGAUAAGAGCAACUUGCACGAUCCGAACUCGCGUUUAGGGUUACGUGCCGUGGGAGACUUUUUCAUUGGAUUCGGCACCGCAAUAACGUCACGGUGUGGCGAGUACGAGAUUUACUUUCCAGCGGCUACGAACACGUUUUUGUCGAUCCGCUCGUCUCCCGACCCGUGUCCAAUUAAAAUUACUCUAAUUUUACGUACGGUGACUCCGCGGAGACGACGAUAUUACGACUUUCUUACGACGGACUUUCGGGCCGGACGCGAGCAACCGAAACUCUUAUUAUAUUAUUGUUACCUAGUUUAAUAUAAGUCUUCCGAAAGUUAUAUUUGCCGGAAUUUAAUUACCCAUAAAACGCAUCUUACGAUUAGUAUAUACCGAAACGAGGAAUUUCGUAAUAUCCAAUUUUGGACAAAUCCGGCGUCUAAUAUAUUAUUUUUAAUUAGGCUGUGUCGGUUUUUCGAAUCUCCUCAGAUUUUGUAAAAUUUAAAAAUUUAAAUCACCGUCUUGAAGAUUUUAAAACAUUGUUGAUUUGAAGGGAAUGAAUACAACUGUUUUACGGACGAAAAGGACUUUGCGGGAAUAGAAAUAACUCAUUGUUAACAUAGUAUUUUCCUACCAUUUUUGUUGUAAUUAUUGAUAAACAACAACAUUGUAUGGAUCGCAUUGAACUCCGAUUUAUUAUUUGAUUUUAAAUAACGGGUAUUAAAAAUUAUAUGGUUAAAAAAGUUAAAAAUUGCCAUUUUUUUUUUUUUAAGAAGUAUUAUAAAGUGUGAUGAGAAAAUACUGAAAAACGCGAGUUCAAUGCGAUCUGUAGGAAGUUUUCCUGUCCCCAACAGAAAAUCAAUCAUCGAAAUCGGACCACUUUAUGAAGCAUGAGUGGCGCUUUUUUGAGCUGAAAACCGCGGUAACAUCCUCUUAGCAUUUUAUACACCAGCUAUUGGACGGAUUAAAAAUUUAAAACGCGUACAAAAUUAUAACAAACGUAUAUAAAAAUUAAAAAUCGACGGACCACGUGUAUGCCACUGUUGUUAGUGAGAACCUGGGGAAGUAGGAUAUAGAGGAAGAUUUAAUUUAUAUCUGUACGCAAAGAUUAAUCUUCGCUAACAUAAAACGACUCUGAGCGGGAGCUCGGUCAAUAUUAUUGCAGCAUUUCAACGAUGUGUAUUCUCACGAACGCGAGUGUUAUAAAAACUUAAUAAAAGCAAAAAGAUAAAUGAAAACAGUUGUCAAUGACAAUCAUAUUUUUAUUAUUUUAAUCUUUUUUUACCCUAAAUAACCAGUUUUUUUCAUUACCUCAAAUAUUAAUGAUUAUAUUAAUUUUAAAAAAAAUGACCUUUAUUAUAAAGUACCAACUGGAGCUAAAAUUCAACAAAAAAGGUAUCUUGUUAUGUUUUGAUUGUAGCAAGAUAUUUAAGAGAAAUGUUGUUUACAGACAGACAACGUAAAUAAAAAAUACACAUCAUAGUAAAAACCAAUGAGGCUUCACUCAAAAUUUAAAAUACCUAUAAAAUAUAAUCUAAUGUGUAGUAAUUUUAUUUUCGAUGAACUUUCUUGUUUUUAGUUUUGAUAACAAUUUUUUUUUUUUCUGUCUAGUGCAUAUAUGGUUGCUACGUACACUCAGCGAUACUUCCAACGUUCCAUAGAAGAUGUUACUGGUUACUGCAAGUGGGUAUUUUUAUAUUAUUUGUAAUAAUUUACCACGUACCUAUAAAAUAUAAGAGAAUUGUUUACAUUUCAUAUUAUCAACUAUAUUAUAGUUAAUAAUAAUAAAAUGAAAUACAAUCUUUAAUCAGUAAAAUUGUAUGUUCACGGAAUAACACCCCCGUGUUAAACAUUUAUCAUCCUUAUUCAAAAAAAAAAAAAAAAUCAAAUUUUAGGUUUAAUUAUUUUGCUAUGAUAAUAAAAAUUGUAAAAAAUAUUAUUUUGACAUAAAUUAAAAAGAUAAUACUUUUAUCAUAUCGUGGCAAUCAAGUUGAAAAAUAUAAUAAAUUUUCAUGUUCAUGUUAAUAUUAGAUGUGGAGUAGUUUAAGUAUUAUAAUAAAUUAACUUAACCUAACCGAACUUAAUGUCUUAACGUCUUCUUUGGUUAUCAACAGAAUCCAGAUAUGGUGUUGGUGCACUAUUUAAACGUACCGUAUCCGGACGAUAACAAGUUGUCGGUGAUUUCUCCGAGCCUCGCAUUAUGGGCCGAUCGUAAAGAGUGGACAAAAGACGAAUUACUAUCUCAGUUAAAACCUAUGUGUAAGUAUUUUACAACAACAAUGACGUGGCUAUAGAGUUUUUGCGAAUAUCAGAGCAUUUUUAAAGAGGUUUUCCAUGUCCAUAUGGACAUACAGUAAAGUCCAUAUCGGACACCAAGUAGAGUAAGAUUUUGCUUACUAUGUGUCCGCUAGGCAAUAAAUGGUAAAUGAUAGAAUUGAUAAAUUUUAUUACAAAAUGUUGUAUUUUCUAUAAAUGGAAUUGGGGCAACUGGGGACAAUCCAAAAGUUAAGAUGGAAGUUUGAUUAUGUGCUAGUGAAUUUGUUUUACGGGUAGAGGGAAUGAACACGUACUGGAUAUUCACUAAAAAAUGGCCUGAUAAACAUAAUAUUAAAAUCGUAAUAUUGAUAAACAAAAUGUCCAUUGUUGUUUUGUUUUUUUUUUCAGUUUACGAAGAAGACCCUGACCUUAACAACGAAAUGGAAGUAUCGGUGAGUAAUAUUAUAGAUAUAACUUGUGGUGCUUCCGCAAAAUUAUAAAUUGGGUCAUUGAGCUCACUUUAAAUAUUAUAAUAAACGCACGCCAGUCUGUAUGCGUUAAGAGGAUAAUAUCACACACUCAACAUUUAAGGACUUAUGCGUAGGCAAUUUUAAUGACAUUUUCGAUUAUAUCUGAAAACGUUUCAACUGAAAUAAAAUUCGAAUUCUCUUUAAAAUAAAUGUAUAAGUAUUUCUUGUGUCAUUAUCACGAAUAGAUUUAUUUCACGAUAAAAUAAUGAAAUGAAAUGGUUACAUAUAAACAAAUAUUUAACAAAUUAUUUAUGUACCUACACUUCAAAAUUUCGGAACACACAUUAUACCAAGGGGAGACUUAUAGCGUGCUCAUUAUUUUGAUAACAUUGCCCAAUAAAGUUGAAGUAUCUAAAUUAAAAAAAAAAACCUUGAAAAAAAAACAUUAAAAAUAAAAAACAAACAUUUAUAUUAAUGUUAACAAAAUAGUAAUCACGACAGGAUAUAUACAGUUCUCCUUUGUGUGUAUAGUGAAAAUCUGGUAAUUCUAUGCAAUAAAUGUAAUGUAAAAAAACGGUCUCGCGCAGUAUAUUUUUACAGACAAAUCACGGGUAGCAUGGCAUCAUUAUUUAUCAUCAUUUAUUGACACUAAUGUCAAAGAAAUACAAAUAUUUAAAUGAAUAACAAAAUUUACAUUUUGGUUCUCUCUUUAAAAAAAAUAUCGUGGUAAAACGAGAGAAUUCCUUCCAAUAAUGUUAUGUGUUAGAUUAAUUUAGUUAUGCGAAAAAAAAUAAACGUAGGAACAAUUAAUAUUUUGACACAAAGGUUAUUAAAGACAAUUAACGAUUUGACAUGCAUCCUAAACUGACUAAAUGAUUUGAAUUUUGAUGUAUGUAUUUAAUUCUAAAGGUAUACGAAAUUUAGGAACUUGUAUUAAUAUUAAGCUAAGUUAUCCAAAUGAAUAUGAAGAAUAGAAAACAGAGUAUAUAAUAAUAUUACAUUAUUCUUUACUUUAAUAUGUUGGACAUAAAAACUUUACAAAACCGUUAACUUGGCUAUUAAUGUAAAAUUAAAAACCAAUUUAUAAUAUAAAUAAAAUAUGGUACCAAACACAGAGUUAUCGAACCGAAAAAUCAUUGAACUCAUUUCAGCUCUGUAGAAUUUGUAAAGCUGUUUAACCACAAAAUAUUUCGAAGACAAUCUCCUCAUUUAAUUUAUUAUAAUUUUGUUAUCACGCAACAAAGUAAUUCAAUUUAAUUUUAGUUUAUUUUAUUUUUUAAUUGAGGCGCUAUUCUGUGGAUACCAUACAAACUAUAGAAUAUAAUUUAAAAAAACUAGUUUCAUCAGUCUCGUCUUCGUUAGAUAAAUUUGAUGAAUUUCAAAUUUCGAUUAACCACCAUCAUAGCUAGAUUAUGGUGAUUCACAGAUCAAAAAUCUUCUUGAAAAAUAUGAUGAUUUAAAUUGUUAAAUUUAAAAGCGAAAUUAUUACUCUUUCUCCAAAAUUAAGAUACCAUAAUUAAUAGCUUUGCAACCGAAUUUUAAUUUUUGGUUUUUACACAUACUACCUAUUAAAGCUUUAACACUAUCAUAACACUGUACAAUUUGAUACGAAUAAAAUCAUUAACUAAUAUACAUAUUUUUUAGGACUUUCCUAUUAAAAUAAUGAAAUUAGUUCACGAAAAGCAAUCUGUUUCAAUAAGUGUAAUUUUACAGAACCUUCAGUCGAUUAUCAAACCAACAAUUUACAAAACUAUUUUUAUGCUACCCGGCACUAGUGAAUACACAAAUUAUUAAUUUAUAUAAUCAGACGUAAUAUCAAUGUCGCAAUAAAGUUUAAUGAAUACGUGCAUAAUAUAUAUAUAUAUAUAUAAAACGACGCAUGUUUUAAUACAAUUAACAUUAUCAGUUAAAAAUUCGAAGUAGAGUAUUGGUUGACAGUGUAUAUUCUAGAUUUUUACUUAAAACUGUUUUUAACAAUUAUUUAUCGAUUUCAAUGACCUCUUCCUCCAAAUCCGGAACACAUAUCCCAUAUUAUAACUAUAUUAUCUAUUGAGCUAUUGCAAAGUAAUAAUAAUUUUAUGAUAUUUUUAAGAUUUAAAAUGUUUUUUAUUGCACCCUGCAUGUGGUUUCCAUCAUAACAUAAUAAAUAUCCCGGUCGCGGUAUUAUUUAUAUUUUUUUUUAAAUGUAAAAAAUAAUAUCCAUAUUGGAACAUUUAAAAAAAAUAUAUAAAUGCACGUCGUUAUUGAAAUGAUAAAAAAAAAAAAACAUUCUACGGUAAAAAAUUAUUAUAUUAUACGGAUAUAAUAAGUUCCCAUAAUAGUACAUUCAUUUUAAUUUGCAUACCGUAUAUGAAAUCAUUGUCCUACAUUUAUUCCUAGUUUUAAUUUAAACGCAAGAAUUAGUAGAUACCUAUCCAAACGAAAAAAAAAAAAAGUUGAGCACAUUAUAGCAUUUAUCUUAUAAAUUUGUUUUUUUCUGUUUUUGUCGAAUUUUCCAUAAAAUAGAGACUAUUGCACCGUAUUGUGCUUGCUGUUAUAUAUAUUACACAUAGGUAAUAUGAAUAGUAUAUAUUAUUUAUAAUAUAUUAUCUUUUUCCAGUUAUUUUUGGAUAUAUGUAGCGGCUCCUUCUGAAUCAAAUUAACUCAAACUCGGAAAUUAGAGUGGUUUUGUUGGCGGUAAUAAAAAUUGGAUUGAAUUUCAAUAUAAAUUUAGUUCUAAUGUUGUGGGCAGACCUAGUUUUUUCACCUUUGUACACCUCUACAGAUAAUUGAAGCCACGGCAACACAAUUUUGUAUAUACACGGUGAUAGUGUCAAACCUUUUUGGAGGUUUAAAAUUUCAACUCCUACUUAUACUAUCUUCUUUUCACAAGUGUUUUAUUUAAUACUUUUUUCGAAAUAAUGUUUUAAAAUUACUAAAUAUUAUACAAUUUUUAUAAGACUUCCACCCUUGUCCCUCGUGCUCUGAUUGGCCAAUAGAACUAGGGGCCAACAUGUGAAAAAAAAAGUUUUUUUUAAAAGUUUUUUCGGAAAUUUUGAUGAAAGUGAAAAUGCCUAAUAAAGUUUAUUUUUGAAGUUUUCAGAAAUCAAAUUUCGUGUACUCCGGAAACCCGGUUUCUGAAACGUUUUAUAAAUCCAAGUUUCAGAUUUUUAAAAUCUAACUUUUUGAUUAUUUGUCUACUAGAAGUCUUGCUAAAAUAUUAAUUGCAGUAAUUUUUUUGAAAAAUUUUGUCUAGCUGAUACGUAUAUGAAAGUUGUUAAUUUUGUGUAGUUUUCUUAAUAAAUGUCAAACCCCGGAAAAAUGUAGGCCAAAUGUUGUAAUUCAUCAAAAUAAUGGUUUUAUUAAUUUUGAUUUUAUUUUUUUGUUGUACCUAAUUUAGGUUAAAAAUAAUUGUAGAAACUUUCGAAACACUUUCGCAGAAUACUUUUAUUUUUUUGCUAUUCAUAAGCGUUUUAAAUUGUUUAGUUUUUAUAAGUUUUAUUUGGUUUUACAUGAAUACAAUUGUUUGGUUGGGUAAAAAUAUAAAAAACAACUAUUUAACGCGAGGUUCAUCAUAAACAUACGUUUUUUUCGGUGGUCAAAACGAUAAUAUUUAGAACAAUAGUAGUGGUUUAUAAGCGAAAAAAUAACUGUGUUUCAAAACAUGUUUAAUUAAAGAAUUCACUCAGAAUCAUAUUUUAUACAGACGGAAAUUAAAUAAUUUUAAUUAGCAUCAUCAGCUCUUUUUUUUGUAUAUUUUUUCGAAAUUAUAUGUUUUAAACUAUUUCAAAAUUAUAUUAGGUAGGUAAGUUAUAUUAUUUGUAUUUCCUAUUUAUUUAUAUAUUAUGUGCACUUCUUUUUAAUGCCUUUUUUACCUUCUUGUCCCUUUUGAUCCCUACGAUGAUCUUUUUUAAAAAUGCAUUAACAAUGAAAUAUAACUAAAUAUUUAAAAAAAUUUAGUUAAUGUAUGCACAUUGUAUAUAUUAUGUAUUAAACUAUACAAUUUGAUAAUUGGAAAUUCUCUACACUCGAUAUCUAAAAUAAAUAAAUAAAAAAUUGGUUUUUUUUUUGCGUUUUUCUAGUAGAUAUAUAUAUUAUGAACGAUCAGUUUCAUUUUAAGCAGUCAAUAUUUAAUAUUUAUAUAUAUUAUUCAUAUAGAUAGGAAGAAAAACUAGAAAAUUUGAAUCAUUCUUAAUUUGUUUUUAUUUUAAGAAAUAGUGACUUUUCAUAAAAAAAAAAAAAAAUGGAAAAGAAAAGAAAAGAAAAGAAAAUACUUUACAUAUUUAGAAGUUCUUUAAUGUAGGUAAACAGUAUACGCAUUUUGAUUACUCGAUAAAUAAUUAAUUUUAAGAAGUAUAGGUAUAUAGUCAGAAUAAUUAUUUAUGUAAAUUAAUGUUAAUGUAUUUAUUUUUUUGUGUAUAUUAAAAUUUUGAAAACGGAAUUUUCACUAAUGGCAUAGUCAAUCGUGACAAUCAAUUAGGAAUAAAAUUAUUUAUACCUUUUUUGUCGUAUCUCUCUUUUAGUUUGUGGCUUUGAAAAAAAUAUAUUCGUUUUACUGUACUGUCUUUUCUUGUAUUUUUAUCAAAAAAUAACAAGAGAUAUUUAUCCGUCAUGUUGCGGCAUUGAUGGUUUAAUUAUAUUCACAUUUAAGUUAGAUUUGAGUUAUUUAUAAAAAGUUAAGCAGAAAUAAUUUUUUUUAUAAGCGUUUAAAUUUCAAAACAUGUAUAACUGAACUUCACCCAGAGUUGUUCUUUUCGUUAGCAAUGGUUUAUAAAUUGCGCACAGAUAUAAAUUAAAUAACUUGAUGUAAUUCUACAUUCCCAACUUUAUUUAUUUAUAGUUAUAAUUUUUUUUUUCUUAACAAUUCGCCAACGUUUUUAUUAUUCGUAGAGUCAAAGUGCUAUCAAUAGAUUACGUUUUCAACUUACGUCCUAAGAACUUUUAUGUAAACCUCACCCAUAUUCUUAUUGUUAAUAUAUGUAACAGAUUGUUGAAUAGUCAAAAUUAAAAAUACAUAAAAAAAAUUAUUUGUAGAGUUUAGUUGAUGCACUGUAAAGGUAAUUAUUUGAUUCGCCUUGUAGUUCUUCUAACAAUUAGAGAAAAUCGAGAAAAACGUAGACAAAAUUGAAAAUGUACGAUAUUUCAUUAUUUUGGAUUUUCUGUUUGUUGCGUAUCGAUGUAAAUAAUAUAGUUCGAUAAAUCACUACAUAUGAAAAACAAUGCUGAGCGGAGUAGUAUUAGUCGUGUGUUUUCACGUUGUUACAUGGGAACUCAAAAAAGAAAAAAAAGAAAACAUGUAUUGACCUACGAGAUAAAUUGCUAAAAUGUCGAUAAAUAUUUCAAUUUCAGAAAAUCUGUAUAUUUUAAGUUACGGCAUGAAAAAAUGUGAGUAUUUUAAUCAACUAUAAAAGUACUUUCCAAGAAAAUAAAAUAAUAACAUAUAUCUUAGUAAAAUUACUUCUUCUCUACACUUAGAGUCUAAAAUUAUUACGCACAAAUAUAAUAUUGCAAUAUUGUAUUAUUCUUACUACAUCGAUUGUUCAAGAAACUUGAUUUUGACGUUAUAUAAAGUUGUUUCCCUCGAGUUGUGUACUGACCCCCUCAAUUUUAUCAUCGAUUAAUAUGCACUGUGCAACCAUAAUAAAGAGAUAUGAUACAAAUUGUUACUUUGAAAUUUGAAUUAUCUUAAAAUAAUAUAGGACAUAAUACACAAAGAUUAUCUAAAACAAGAAACAUUCGACUUGCGUUCAUAAAAAAAUAAAGAAAUUUAUCGCGUCAAUCGAAUUGUAUCCACGAUUUUCUCAUGACGUGAUCAGAGUCACAACAAGCUUUUUCAGCCUCUCGUCACUCAAAAACUGCCUGCUCUCAUAUUAUAGUAUUAUUAUACAGUACAGUUUUGUCCGUCGUAAGACAUUCGAUUAUUAUUUAUCGUGCCUGUGUCCACUAUCGCAGUUCACUUUGAGGUUUUUCGUAAUGGCUCACACAUGUGAUAUUUACUCAUCCGCGAUUAAUCGAAAUACUACUUCUAUAACUUGUGAUGGCUGUAAGAAAAAUACAGCUCAUGGUAGUUGUAUCCUUUCUGUAUCGAUCAGAAAUCUAGUAUGUUAAUGUAAAUGCAAUUUUUUGCCUUUAAACUUUGAUUUGCUUUCAAAAAUUGAUAAUUUGUACGAACUCAUAAUAUUUGAAAAUAAUAAAAUAAAUAAAUUAGUUUUCGAAAUACUCACUGUCGUGAAAAAUCGUAUAUACUGUAAUUCUGAUACUAGUGUAAGGAAGUUAGUGUAUUUAGUGUAAACCUAAACCUCGCUAUGGGCUCACCACCAAAUUCCUUUCGCAGACAAAUAUCAGAAUUUGUAGUCCUGAUAACAGAAAAGUAAGAUAAUAUAUUCAACACACCGUUUGUUUAACUAGCUGUAUUACCCGCGAUCUUAUUCGUGGCUUCAUCUGUGUGCAGUUUACAUGUCUGUAGAGUUUAUUUUAGUCCAAAUAUUGGAGCUUAUUUUUCUCCAAGAGUCUCACGUUACGAAAAAUUUUAACCUCACCUCACAAGGUAUCACUGUAAUAUUAUUAUUUUAAAUCGUCUGUUGAUUACUUAUACAACUUCUUCGUUCUGAUUUAUCUUAUUUUUCAUACAAUUUAAUUUGACAUCAAUUUUCGGUUUUUAAAGAAUUAAUUUUCGAAACCACGAACAAUUUUUAAAAAAAUUGGAAAUCUGGUAAGUUGUAUAGGUUUUAAAGGUUCCAACACUAUGCAUAUUCAUCGUAUAGAACUGGUUCCUGUAUGUCGGGUUAUAUAAAUAGUUAGGGUUUUAAAUUUUGGAAGUAGAUAUUAUUAUUCAAUGGUAGUUUUGGAGGGUGGAAUUAGGAUAGCAGUAAUCCUUCCUGAAAUCUCUCUAAAAGUGCCUCUUUAUUUUAAAACUCCUAGAAGAUAUGAAUUUUAAAAAUUGCCUUUUAUCCCCUCUUUUGUUACAUUUUCAUAUUUUCAAAAAUUCUAACACAUGUUUCUUAAUUUCAAACCAAAAGCAAAAUAGUAAUUUGUAUUGAUUUAAUUUUAAAAAUAGUAGAGUACCUGUAAAGUUGGACUGUACAAUAAGACAUUUUCUGAUAUUAUCAAAUUUAAAUGUACGACGAUUAUUGGUUAACAUAUUAUUAUGCAUUGAAAAGGUACGUUCUACGUCUAUUAACGUUAUCGAUGCAUUUUUAAAAUAAAUAAAAUUUUAUAUUAAUAAAAUAAAAUAAAUAACUAUUAAUUUUAAAUCUUCAGGUAAACCCUCGAAAUUGUCUUGCUUUUCGGAUAACAUUUUGGAAAUUUUAAUCAUCAAUUUAUAAUCCUUAUUUUUCUCCAACACUGUUUCUAUUGUUUUUCCUUGUGUUCCACCUGCUUGGGUUAAUUUUAUUUUUGCAUUUUCUACUAUCGAAGCACUGGUAAUAAUACCAGUAAGUGCCAUUCCUUAUUUUUCAAGACAUGUAAUUGCGUUUGGUAAAAAUGAAAAGUUAGAUUUAAUAAAUACAAGUUGAUUUUGAAUAUAUUGUUUUCCGAUGUAUUUUUGUGGAGUCGAAAUUGAUAGAUAUUGUAUCAUUUUUAUUAAACGAGUUUACAAUCUCAAAAUGUUCGCAAUAAUAAAAGGUAUCUUGAAUUCAUGUAUCCCACCUCGUUAAUACCGGUUCAGGUGGCAGUGGUAAUAAUGGGGCAUAAUCUUUGAAAAUUUGAACGUGAGAUAGGCCCUUUUUAAAGAUUUUUAAAAUACACAUGGUUUCUGCAACGCAUGUGGAGUGAAUCAUGUUUGAGUAUAAUAUUUUUAUUGAAUUUACAAAGUUAAUCAUAUAAGGGUCAAGAACAACAAAACUUCAUCAUGUUUAACUCCGCCAGGCUAUAAUAUAUUCAUCGACUUAUCAAAUAAUUUAAUAUUCGUUGAAUUAUUUUUCAUUUAAUAUUGCUUAGGUUUUUCGGCUGAUUUAUGUUUUUCCAUUUUCUAUGUUACCAAAUAUCGCCUAUCUAUACUUAUUUUUGUUUCACAAAAUUUGCAAAACAAAAUGUUUCCAUCACUUGAAAAAACAUAUUCCCCAAACUUGGUUAUAUAUUGUUUAAUACGCGUAUUGUUCGUUACUAUCGGAAUAUUUAAGCUAGGAGAAUAACGGACGUACAAAAACCACAGCGUGUACGAAAACAAACUGAAUACCUAUUUAAUAUUUUAUCUUUUAAUUACUCAAAUGAUUUCCGUUAAUAAACGAUAAUAAUAAUUUAUAAAUAGAGCUAUAUAGUAUACGCAGAAAUAAUAAGGUAUUUCCCUAUAAUUGUUGCCACGACCAGCUAAUAAUAUUCAAUCUUAUUUUCGUUCUAUUCUAUCUACGAUAGUAUUAACAUUGGUAUUAAUUUACAAGUAAACCAACGUAUGUCACAUAAUGAUUUAAAAUUUAAAAUAUGAAUUGACCAUAACACUUAAAAAUGCGUAAAUAUGCUAAUAAUAACAACUAAAUUGCCAACAUUUGUCAAAUAUGAAUUUUACCUAAAAACCGGUAAAAUAUGCAAUUAAUAUGUUUGUAUUUUAGCUCGUUACGUCUUAAAACAAAUUUAUACAAACUUAGAUUAUUCUACAGCCAUUUUUAAAAAAUAAGUAAGUCCCGAACCCAAGUGAUCACGUUAUCCGCGGCACAAUAUUUUAUCUACAACCGGUUUUUAUGGGGAUUGACAUAAUACACAUACAAAGAUAAUAUAUAAUGUUACCUGCCGUGUUCUAAAAUCAAAACUGAUUAUGAGUAGGCUUGUUUUACGAUAACACCAAUCACCAGUCAUCAUUAAUGCUAUAAUACUAUAAUAAUAAAUUGAUACUUGUCGAGCAUGCGAUAGCGCAUUUACUCUCGUGUAAGGACUCCACGUACAGUUAGGUUAGGUUUAAAAUAUAUUAAUAUGGAUUAGUAUUAAUGACAGAAUCAGGGAUGAGAAUGGUAAUUUAACCUUGAAUAAUGAAGAUAAAGUUGGAAGAUAGAAACAAUAUAUUGAGAAACUAUAAUAAGGAACCGAUGGAAAUGAUGUGCAAAACAGUGGGAUUGCGGAUAAACAUGAUGGGACUAUUCUAAAAGACGAAUAUAAUAAUGUAUUAGAAGAAAUGAGAAGAAAUAAAGGUCUUGGAGUAGAUAAUAAACCUAUAGAACUCAUCCAAAAAUCAAAGGAAACAGUUAAAAAAGAGUUAUUUAAACUUGUCAAGGAAAUAUAUGAAUCAGAAGUCAUCCCUGAAUACCUCCAGAAAAUUAUUAUCAUCCCAAUACCAAAAAAUGCAACCACAGACAAAUGCAAUGACUUCCGUCCACUAAGCCCUAUGGCUCACGCAACAAAAAUACUAGUAAAAGCAAUAUGUAAAAGAAUAGAAAAUAAAAUAGAUGAGCAACUAGGGUGUGACCAGUAUGGCUUUAGGAAGAAUAAAGGGACAAAAGAAGCAGUUAGAAUUGAAUAAAAACACGCUGAUUGUCUUUGGAGACCUAGAAAAGGCAUUUCAUAAAGUGAGCUGGCAAAAAUUAUUCCAGACUCUACAAGUAGGAGUGGAUUACAAGGAUAAAAAAUUAAUACACAGUUUCUACAGAAACCAGACAGCAGAAUAAGAAUAGAAAACAAAUCUGCAACAGCAAAAAUACGGAAAGGCACUAGGCAAGGGUGUCCCAUUUUGCCAAUGAUGUUUAAUAUAUGCGUCGAAAAAUCAAUCCAAAAAAUAAAGGACACGCUCAAUAGACGAAAAAAUAAGAAUGAAAGAGAACUUAUACAAUUGUUUAGAUUCGCUGAAGACAUUGGUUUAGUAACCAAAAACGAAAAAGAAAUGGAAACUACACUAGAAGUGAUGCAGAAGUAUUUUAAAAAAUCGUAGAUAUUACGUCCUUUCAAAACAUUUAUAACUGAACUUCGCUUAGAAUUGUUUUUCAUUCAGAUAUACAUUCAAUUAUCCUCUGUAUUCUACCACCCACCAUGCGAAGUGUAUUCGUCUUUUUUUCGUAUAUUAACACCGUUGUUCAAGUUUUAGUAAUAAAAACAUUUUCAACAAUUUUCUGAUUUUACUAAUAAAUAGGUAAAUGAGCCAAUUUUUAUGUAAACGGCUUAUUAAUUUGUAUUAUGAUAUAUCUUUUUAAAAUAAUAGUAUAACCAGUGGCGUAUUUAGGGAGGCCGAGGAGAGCAAUUGCUCCAGGCAGCACUUUUUUGGGGGCAGCAAAUUUAACUGGGACUUUUUUUUCUAAACAGAUUUAUAAUAAUUUAAGCAGUUGUAAAAAAAAAAAAUUAAAACUAGUUUUUUAAAUAGGUAAAUUAAUGUCAACAAAACGUUCUAUUAAUAUCAAUACAACACAGCUAUUUUGUGAAAUUAAUCUCCACAUUUUUAUAAUAAACGCGCGUGUAUUGGUUUUUUGUUUGUGGUUAGCUGUUCAAAAACAGUACUACCACUCUGAUAAAUUUGUGUUUUUUGAUACCGAAAGUACCAUCUUUUCAAGUGCAUCUUUUCGACAUUAUAAAAUUGGUCAAAAUAUUAUUUUUGUCUUUGGAUUUUCACUUUUUAGUGAAAAAAAUUUACCAGAAAGCAUACCCACAAAAUCGGUGCUAUAUUUAUGUAAUGCCAUGAAAGAUGAUAAUUUACUAGAUAUUUAAAAAAAAAGUUAAUAUUGCAUUCUAAGGGGCAUUUUAACAUUCUAGGGUACUCGAUAGUUUUUUAUACUACAUGAUACUAUUAUCAUAUCAUAUGUAUUGUAAUUUUUUUUAUCCAUAAAAAAAAUUGUCACUAUAAAAAAACUGUGAGGAAGAGGGCAUACAAAAAAUGUAUAACUAGGGCAACAAAAUCCUAAAUAUGCCAUUGAGUAUAACCUAAAACACUUCUAGAACAAAGAAAAACAAUACGUUUUCCAAGAUUUUAUUUUAGGAUAAUAACACUAAUAAGAGAAAAAGAGCGAUUCAAAUAUAUUUGAAAAUUAUAAAUUUAUAAUAAUUAUUUAUUGUGUACGGAAUAAUAAGAAUAAGACUUUGAAUAUAUUAAGACGACGAAAAAGUCAAAAUCAAUUUUACUAUUAAAAUAUCCGUAGAUAUAAUGGCUAUUUUAAAAUGAAACUUGUAUUUCCUUAUUUAAAAAUUCACUCUGUAUUUCGGUAAAAUAAUCACAUGUAAAUAAUAAUAUGAACCACCGCGCGAAGUUGAAAGUUGUCGAUUUAGGACAUAGAAAAUGUCAUUGAGAUAAAAAAACUAACUUCCUAUUUCAUCGUAUAACCGGCAUUCGGAAAAAAUAUCGGCUACUCAUUUUAUUGAUACCAUUACUUUGUUUCGUUUAAAAAAACUCAAAUUUAAAUACUUAAUACAUAUAAAUCGUACAUGAGGGACGUUUUAAGAUCCCUCCUCCCUCUAAAUGUUAGGGAAAUGUAUAAAUAUGUUUUAUAAAUAUCUUAUUCUACUCUAACCUUUUUAUCAUUAAACGGUACGGUCUUUAAAUCGCUCUAAAUAUUUUAUUACAUCUACGAUCGUACUUCCAAAAAUUAUAAUUCAAAGUGCAUUUCUUAAAUUUAUUUUACAUAUCUAAAUGUAUGAUAUUUAAGAGAACGCACUACCUCGGGCGCUUUAAAGAAUUUCAUUGAGGCAACUUUCUUGCCAUCUCUGGAAAAUUUAAAUUGUAUCAACUCUAAAAUAUUCAAAUUCACUUUUAAAUACAUAAACAAUUUAGUUCCGAAUAUUAAGCAUAUUCAUUGUGUAGUCGUGGAAUAGGCAAACAUUUUUACGGCGAAACAAUUUUACGCGAAAAAAAUCUUCUUUGACUUGACUCUACAUUCGACUAAGAAACUGAAUUUUCAUUAAAAGAGAAAACAUGACAAAAAAAAAAAAAAAACACGCACUGUGCAACGUUGAUUUUAACUUAUCGAUAUCAUUAGCACUAAAAUACUACUAUCAGAUUUCAGAACAAUAAUAACUUAUUAUAGUAGAAAUUUAGUAUUUUAAUUAGCUCUAUAGCCCGAGUAGUUUUUUCCCAUGUAAAACAGUUUUGUACAGUUGAAUUGCGGUUGGUAACAUUAUUAUCCUAAUAGUGUUUAGAUAUAUUCAAUAUUAUAGUUUUUUUUUUUUUGUUACUUAUUAACAUGAUACGUAAUAUUUGUAUUAACAAACAUUUAAUUCUUCAUAAUAUAAACGCGACAUUACAGUUUGGUACAACAAAAGAGAUUUUAGGUAAACUUUUUGUUGAUUAUCUAGGUCCUAGGACCAACUGUUUUCAAUAUGUUGAUAGAAAACAUGAUUAUCAAUGCAAUAUAAUUAUUUAUUUUGAUAAUUUAUCAGAAAACUUAUAAAUUAAUUUUAGUAAAUGAACUGUGUAAUAUUAUAUAGUGUUAUAAUAAAAGUCAAUAUUAUCGGUGUAAUCGGUUUUAUUUUUUAAUUUUAUAUAUGAAUCAUUUGUUGUAACGCAUUUGCCCCGCCACAAUGUUUGCAUAAUAUUGGAGUAAAUUGAUUUAAAUGUUUAUAUUGUAAUUUAUUGGUUUUAAUAAAAAAAACAAAAAUACAUAAUGUACGUACUAUAAUUAUAUUGUUAUUCGACAUUUGCCACCUUUAAGUAAAACUAUACUGUUUAUAGUUUCGGAUUAGGUUAGAAAUUAUUGAUCUUAUACCUGUGUACAAUAACGAACCGUUUUCCUUUUCGAUUUGCGUGUGUAUUUUUUUUUUAAAAGAAGAAUCGCCCAAAAGUUUUAUACACCAUUACAACAACAACAUUAUCCAUGUACCUACUCGUAUACACUAUAAAUAUAUACAUGAAACCGAAUAAUACAAACAGUAUGUUUGAAAGUACGUGAAAGAGAUCAAUUCCCGAAUAAUGUCACUGUAGGUUUUCUGUAAAUUGAGAAAAACAACUACCGGGAGAAUCGCUUUAAUAACUACGUGAUUUACGAUGUACCAUUUUUUUUUUUCGAACAAAACAAAAUCGAUUUUAGUAGUUAUUUUUGUAGCGAUUCAAAAAGUUUUAAUACCAGAAACUCGAUAUACUUAUAAAAUAUCGAUGACUUGGUGCAAACAAAGCCAGUGUUGCAAAAAAAAAAAAAUAUAUAUAUAUAUAUCACACGAUAGUAAUAAUUAUGGACUAGAGUUACAUUAGAUUUUUGAAUCUUUUGAAAAUUAAUUAAUUGUUUCCAUGUUUAAUGAUUUGUUUAAAAAUAAUCAAUUCAAUUUUUUUGUUAGCCACAUUAGCUUUAUAUGUAAAUUAUAUAAAUUUUACACAUUUUUAACGGUCCGCAUUGUAAAAUAAAAAUAAAAAUAGGUACCCGUGUAAUUAUUAUACUCGUUUACCGCACGCUGAAUGUGCUAUAAUACUUAAAUGCGUUUGACGAAAACUAUAGCUAUACCUAUCUAUCCCGUUUAAAAGAGUCUAGUAAACGAAUGGCGUGGAUAAAUUAUAUUAUCAGAUAUUAUAAACAGAAAAAGUAAUUUGAAAGUAAUGCGGAAUAACAUAGUGGCGCGCGUAUUACACCUACGCGGAGAAAUUCGACGUAAUGAUAAUCAACUUUUCCUAGCUGAAACGGUAGACAUAUAAAAAAAAAAAAAAAACAGAGAAGAGCCGAUUUUUUACAUACAUAAAUUCAAUACUACUAUGUAUAGCUAAGGGUCCCGUUUUAUCCGACGUUGUUAACAUGCAAAUAACACGAUGUCAUUAUAUAUACCAAACUUUUCAAAUCUAAAAUCCGCUCGUUUCGUAGCGUAUAUUUUCAACUUUUAAUAUUGCUUUUUAAAUUGAUGGCGACUAUUUUUUAGAAACCGUGUCAUCAACAUAUUAUUAUUUUCUACUACACCCACGAAUGUUAUCGUAUGGUAUAACUUUUCGAAGACUUUAAUACUCUCUCUUUCUCUCGAGAGAAAAUUAUGUUUAACAAUAUAUUAUUAUAUAGAUAUAUAUAGAUAUACGUAUUAUAGUUUAAACCAUAAAGUAUGAAUUAUAUAAUUGUGUGAAAUGCGUUAUGAAUACGUAAUUUUUUCGUUCGACAGAAAAAAUUACAUUAUAAUAAUAUAUUAUUAUUAUCAUCAUCAUCGAAAUAGCGAAUCACUGAAAUUAACGAGUUCCCCGGCUAAACACACCAAAGAUGGGCAAUUUGUUUAAAAACAAUAUUCCCGUAGUUGAAUUUUAUCAAUAAAUACGAUAUCAUAUGGAUAGAUUAUAAUAUUUUCGGUUCCGUUAACAUAAUUAAAAUUACUGCACUAUAUUGGUGAUCGAACACAUAAAAUCGUAUUUCCGAAAGUCUGAUGUUUGAUGUUUCGUCCAUUGAUAUAAUAUCUGCGCUCAACAAUUUAAUAUUGAGCUUUGUGUAUUUUCUAUAUUAUAUUGUUUCGGGUUUUUUUUUUUUUUUAAAUAUUAUAAUUUUGUUUGUAUAUGUAACAGUGGUGUACAUAGAGAAGGGGCAAAGUAUGCCACAGCCACCUGCUCCUGAAAUAGCUUUCCGACUGAGACAUUUUAAAAACUAAAACCAUCGCAUAUUAUUAUCUAACCUGUUGUCUUGUGACUUAUGUCAAAUUGAUUUAUGUCAAAAUUAAUCAUAUUAUAUUAUAUAAUUAAAUAUCUGUUACAACUGUGACAACUGCAACUGCGAUGGCGUAGCCCACAAGUAUGAUAAUUGAAAAGUGAAAUUUUUUUAAAAAUAAUUUAAGUACAUAUUCAAUUAAAUUAUAAAAUUCUGCACAAACUUUGUAAGUGGAUAGUUCAUUAUUUACUCCGCCAAAUUUCGUGUUGAUUUGAAAUAAGUACGAAUGUCUAAAAUUAGUAAAUUACAAAAUGAUCUAACUGAUUUAUAACAAUUGUGAUUUUUAUGAAUGUCUUUAUGUUGCAUUUAAAUGUGUUAAGUGACGUUAAAACAUGUGUAAAAAAUGUGUAUAACUUCACAAUAUUUGAUUCUUAUAAAAAUUACGGGUAUUUUUAUGUCUGGGAUCAAUUUAAUAGUAAAAAACGAAGUGUGGAAAUAGGUGCAUGUUUAUUAAAUUAUUUUUCAUAGUUACCAGAAUCAGUUACUCAUAUUUCAAUUUUCUCUGACACUUGUAGAGACCAAAACAGAAAUAAAAAUAUUGGGGCAGCAAUGUUGUAUAUGCAGUGAAUCGCAUACGUAAUAUAGAAAGAAUUGGUGUACAAUUUAUGGAAUCUGGUUAUUCGUACCUUGAGGCAAAAUCUAUACAUACUACUAUAGAGCAAUAUAAGAAACACAAAAUAGCAUUUCCCAGCAGAGAAUGGGCAUUUUUGUUUUCAUCUGCCAGGAUAAAACCUAAUCCAUACAAAGUAACGACUAUGCAUUCUAAUGAAUUUUAUAACCUUGGAAAAUUAUUGGAUUCUAUGAUUCAGAAUAUAACUUUAAACACAGAAAAAGAGAAAGUAGAUUAACUAAAGAUUAAAUGUACGAGGUGUGUUCACCGAGACUAAAAUUACCGAUAGACUAUAAAUACCGAGACUAAAAUUAUUUCAGAUAAACAUUUUAAGUUAUCGACAAUAUUAAUAUACCAAAAUAAACUAGAAAUAAUGACCAUUAUUUCAGUAUAUAAUUAUAGUAAUUAUCUCAAAUCAGUCAUCGACAAUACGUGUUCAAAGUUGGUAAUUUUGUAUUAAAUCGUGAUUUUACGAUGGAUAAUAUUACAGAGCAACGACCGUAUAUUAAAUUUUGUUUCAAAAUUGGUAAAAAUUCUACCGAAAUGUUUGAAUUGAUUAAAUUGGCUUUUGGAAAUAUUUCACUAAGCCGUUGUGUAACUUUUGAUUGGUUCAAACAUUUUAAAGAAGGUCGGAUAUCCAUUGAAGAUGACCAUCGUCCUGGGCGUCCAUCAACAUCAAAAACAAAUGAUACCAUUGCUCUUGUUCAAAACAAUAUUAGAUACGAUUGAAGAUUAACUGUUAGAGAUGUAGCCAAUGAAUUGGUACUUGUUAUUCAAUUUUAUCAAAUGAAUUGGGUAUGAAAAGAGUGCUCGCAAAAUUAGUGCCAAUAUUGUUAACCGAAGAGCAAAUGGAACAUCGUAUUGAAGUGUGUUUGGAACUAAAAAUCGGGUUUCUAAUGACCCAUGUUUAAUAAAAUCAAUUAUUACGGGUGAUGAAACAUGGGUAUAUAGAUAUGAUCCCGAAACCAAAGUUCAAUCAUCGCAACGGAAGACCGCAAAUUCACCUCGUCCAAAAAAAUGUCGUCAGAUCCGGUCAAACAUCAAAGCAAUGCUCAUUGUUUUUUUCGAUGUUUUUGGAUUAGUCCAUUAUGAGUUUGUACCUACGGGUCCGACAGUAAAUCAAGUGUUCUAUAAACAAGUACUUGAACGAUUAAAAGAGAAAGUACGCCAUAAAAGACCAGAAGCGUAGAAAUCAAAGUCGUGGUUUUUGCACCAUGAUAAUGUAUCAGCGCAUUCAGCACUUUCCAUACGUGAAUUUUUAGCAUCUAAAAAUAUACUAGUGACCCAGCAUAUUCACCGGACUUAGCUCCCUGUGAUUUUUUUUGUUCCUGCUCCACUCAGAAUCUAAAAUAAUUUGUCGCCCUAAGCAUUAGCUUAAAGUGUUUACUGGGAAAUACGGCACUGGCCAUUUAAUUAUUUUGUUUAUCACACUUUGUUUCGUUUAAGAAAUAAUUCCUCGCCAAGUAUAAAAAUUAUUGAAACAAACUACGUUUACUUAACUUCAAUAUACUUAGCAUUAAUUUAUGAUAUUACAUCUUUAUAGUGCUUAAAGAUCUAAUUUUUUUACUCAGCCAUUUUUACACGAAGUUUACGAAGGGUUUUUGUUGUGAUUUCAAAAUAACAAAAUGUUAGCGUCUUUCAUAUAAGUCAACUAGUAGUUUGCAGUAGUCAUGUUGAAUGCAUGAGCAAUUAUGAGUAGAGUCCAUUUUCGAGACUUGAUAAAAAUGUUCUAUAAUAACUUAUCAACUUAUCUAUAUUGUCUAUGCCACCCAUAGAUUUGUGUACUUUUGUACAAUCUCAGGCCUAUCAACGUCUACAUACAUUCUUUUUUUUUGUUCCAACAUCUAGUAAAAUCUGUGUUUCCAGAUGUAAUAAAGUUUGAUGCCAAGUUUACUACAUUGUUGUCGUACCAUUGUACAACUCCAACAUUACAAUUUGGUAAAUCUGACUGAACUUCAAAAGUAGCCCCUUUUCCAUUUCGGCUAACUGUUUAUCCGCAAGUAACGGUGGAUUUCGAUUUACACGAAUCGUACCAGCGGCAUAAAUCACAAUUUGUUGCAAAUGUUCAAAAAGGUUGAACGACAAAAAAUAAUUGUCAAGAUAUAAAAAAUUUUGAUUUUUUUUUACGAUUUUACUAAGAUGUAAAACAACUCCAGAGCCUUAACCAAAUCGUUUUUGAAUUUAUGCAUUUUUUUCGGUUUUUGAACCUUAGUGUUACACAAAAUCAUAUACAACGCCACUUUCACCACACAACAUAAAUGCUUUAGUACCCCACGAGUUUGGUUUACUAGAGUACUCGUUUGUGGUAGGGAGAAUGUAACCAGAAUACAGAUAAAGCUACGAGGAAACCAGACAGUAAAACAAGUAGAUGAAUUUGCAUACCUAGGGAGCAUCAUCAGUAAUGAUGGAAGAAAUAAUAGCGANUUCUUGCAUCAAGAAACAUUAGCCUAAAAAUUAGGAAAAAUCUAUUGAAGGCAUUUAUUGAGUAUAGCCCUCUAUGGGUGUGAAACCUGGACAAUAACAACGGAAAAUCGAAGAAGGCUAGAAUCGUUUGAAAUGUGGCGUUACAGAAGAAUGUUGGGAAUAAGCUGGAUGGACAGAGUAACAAAUGAAGAGGUGCUAGAGAGGGGAUAUCAGAAGAAAAAUUAAUAUGGAAAAAUAUAGUUAAAAGACGAAACGAAUGGAUAGGCCAUAUAAUGCGACACGAGGGACUACUAAAAUUGAUCAUAGAAGGAUGCAUAGACGGUAAGNACCAAGGAUGCAACUCAUACGUAGAAAUGAAAAGGAAAGCGGAUAAUAGAGAAGAAUGGAAGAUGGCUGCAAACCAAUCUGCGGAUUGAAACUAUAUAUAGAGAGAGAGAGUUUGGUUUAUUUCUUAAAUAUUGCCUUAUAGAUAAAUUUCUUAUAAAAGGAAUCAUUUCUUCAUUUAUACAAAUAUUUCGUUUCAUAGGAAGAUAAUUGCAUUUUUUUAUAUAAUAUCAUAUAGUGGCCGAACUUUUAUUAAAAAAAAAAAAAAAUAGAAGAAAAGACUACAAAAAAUCAUUUCGGUUUGAAGCCCCGAUUUAAAUACAAAUGUGUUAAGUGUAUGUAAAAAUAAAUGUAUUUACAUUUGUGGGUAGACUAGUCCAGUUCAUAAAAUUAAUAAUAAACAUAUCUUUAAAGUGCUUCAAUCAAAAACUAUAAUUAUAUAAUUGCAAAGUUAAGUUUUUAAUUGAUAUAGUUGUACAAACUUGUCACAAACAAAAAUGUCACUUAUUAUACUUGUGAGUUAUGCUAUCGACUGUAUCUAUGUAAUAUAAUAUAAAUGAUAAAAUACCGAUGUCUAUUAAAUUUAUAAUUAACAAAUUUUUUUAUAAGCAGCUAUACUAUAGUUAUUUUAUAAAUUAUCUAAAUAAUUAUAUUUAAAUUAAUCUAUUAUUUCAUUCAGAUGAUUACAUUGAAAAAUAUUUUUUUUUUUUAUUUAGAUAAUGAUAAUAAAAUUUACAUGCGAAAAUAGCAUGGGAGAUUAUUUACCCCACGCGAGAGCUUACGGGUAAUAUGAUUGCAAUAAUCGAUUAUCAAUAUUAGAGACUGUCUAUUCUUUUUUGUAUAUUAAACUUUACUUACACUUAAUAUUAUUACAGGGAUUCUAAUCAAUAAGUACAUUUAACUUAUUUUACACAUACAGUUGUAUUGCUAAAAUCAAACUUUUUUUAUCAGAACACCUUGCCACUGAUAUGAAAUACGGGAACAUAAUGUAUUUUGUUUGUAUGUUUUUAGGCUUAAGUUAAAUUACACAUACAAACCACGGAUCAACACCAAGACUAUAGUGUCUGUUUUGUUUAAAUAAAAAUCGCAAUUUUAGAUUAGGUGUUUUUAGAUAUUAUUAUUAUUUAUCUAUCGUUGAGACGAAAAUGAAAUGAAACGUACAAAUAUGUAAGCUAUAAUUUAUUAUUUUCACACUAAUUUUAUGACACCCUCUCAAAUGACGCGAAGUUGGUUUACUUUUAAAACGUGUAGUGGCAGAGUAUCGGGGACUAUCACUUUAUUAGGUACAUGUUAUUUUACGCCUUUAUUGUAGACGUAUUUUACGAUUCAUCUAUAAUAUUAAAGUUUAUAAAUAUAUUGUGAUAUAAAUAUUAUGUGAAAUUAGCGGUUUGUAGAGGGUAUAACGGACAAGUUUCCUUCGAUGAUUGCCUUCGAAACUAAGUGUACAAAAUUGUACACAGGUAUUAUGAUUAUUCCAAAAAAAAAAACCUGAGCUUUGGAUAUUCGAAACAUUGCGGGUUAGCUGUCUUGGGGUAGCCAGCCAUAAUUUGUUUUUUUUAUCAAAACCAAGUAUUCCACGGUGUACAUCGGACUGACGAUAAUAUAUUUUUCAACAUUUGUCCUUAGACCGCUGAAUGCGUUGCAGCCAUGGUCACACAAUUAAUGGAAUGGCAGAAGAACGCUAGGGCAACGCUCCUGAGUAGAACACUGGAAUGCGGAUGUCCAGACUCGACGUGCCCGGAUGGUCAAUCGUGCUCGCGUCCGAUCAGAAGGAUUUCACCGUCUGAUAGCAAUCAGGUGCGACGGCUAUCAAAAUAUGGCCAUUUGUUAGUUUCGGGUUUUUUUCUCAUUUUACAAUUUGGUGUAGCAAACUUUAUUUUAUUAUGAUGUAUGUAUGUAUGUAUGUAUGUAUGUAUGUAUAUAUGUAUGUAUGUAUGUAUGUAUGUAUGUAUGCAUGUAUGUAUGUAUGUAUGUAUAUAUUUAUGCGUGUGUGUAUGUGUAUGUGUGUUUUUGUAUCUGUAACCAUCUAAUUUUCUCAAAUUUGUUUGAUAUUUUAUAAUGGAUUUAAAAAAUUUAAUUGUUUUUAAACUAAAAAUUGGUUCAAAUAAUUCAGAAUAAUCGAUGUAGCGACUCGCGACUGUCCCGUGAUUCUAUAAUAUCCAAAUCAAUUCAGAAAAUCCUCUGACACGCAAAUUUCAUGUCUAACGACCAACUUUUUGUGAACUUCCGGUGGUUUUUUUUUAUUAUUAUUAAGAUACGAUUGUAUCAUAACUCUUCUCAAACUCGUGUUUCUUUUUCGUUUGCAAUAAUUUAUCAUUAAAUGCAGUAGAUAAAUGUUGCAAUGCUACUGAGUAUUAGCUACAACUAUAAUUAGCCUAUCUAGUCUAUAAUACAUCGAACCUUUCCACUUAUCACUUCACAUUAGUGACCUAUCUUGGAGCAGUAUCCAUGACUUUUUCUUUUAAUUUCUUCGCAAAUGCAUCAUUUGAUAAUAUCGUAACAUUUUUAUUUUGUUUUCGUGCGGAAUUUCUGUUCCCUGUAGGUGUCUUCGACCACUGGUAGUAGAUCACGCCCCGGCACAAUGUUACUCGCCAACCAUCAUGUUAACUCCUCCAGGACAAUGAACGCUCUAAUCAUGAAUAAUCACGUGAACAAGGUAUACGAAUUUUAUUUUUGCAUUUUUCCGCCGACUUAUGUACAUAAUAAUAUUAUAUUGUUAUACAUUAUAAUGUAUUACUGUAUUACUGUAUACAUUAUAAUAUUAUGUUAAUAUUAUUAUUAUUAUAUUGUCAUGUAACCGAAUAUAUUUUUUUUUUUCAAUUUUCAGGCCAACCAAAGUCAUUUGAAUGCCGCUGCUUUGAACAAUAACUUGUUGGUGAAUUCCACCAGAGAUUUUCGUAAUCAACCCUCACAACAGCAACAAAUACUCCUCAAACACGAAUGUGUAAGUCUUGAUCAACAAUAUUUAUAUUUACACAUUGUCGAGUCCUAAUUUAAUUCAAUUUUAAUCGUUACUGACCGCUAUUAUUAAUAUUAUUGCAAAAAUAAAAUAAUAAUUUUUUUAAAUUUAUAUAGAGGGACAACAAUCACGUUUUAAAUAACCAACAGACAAUCAACAUGACCGAUAAUAACCAUAUUCCGACCACGAUGAUAUCAUAUAAACCAGCACAAGCUACAGACGAAGUGAUCCACGUAUUCACCGAGAAACCGUCUUACCACACUUCGCCGAAUCAAGAUGACCACGUUCACCUGUUCCAUGGGCAAGAACACCACCUUAAACAACAGUCGGAACAUGUGAAACCAGAAUUUUACAACGUGACAUUAGAAUUAUCUCACGACGAUAUACAACAGACGCUAUCAGCCAAUAUGCCGAUUUCAUGUGCCAACGCCGAUCAAUUACUACGGUAAAAUAUUUGUGUUUUAUAUGGAGAUACGCCGAGUGUUUUCUCGUCUAACGUUUAUAUUAUAUUUUUUAUUGAUGGUUUGGCGUAAGAUUUUGAACAUUCUGAUUUUUACACUAUAGUUAGUUUAGCACACUGCGCACCGGUCGUACUAUAGUUUUGAAUAUUACUACUAAACCCACCGGGAGGAUAUCUACUUGUUCAUACAAAUCGAAGAUCUUAACGCAUUUAUUAGAGUUUUAAACAAGGUAUAUUUUAAGAAGCUAAUGUUUAUUGGUCAGUUUUUGUUUUAGAGACAAAUAUUAGCUGCUUCACUGCUUGUUAUAAUUUUAUUGUUCACCAAGUUUAUAAAAAUCGCUUGUUGACGAAUUAAAUCUAAAUUAAAUUUCGGACUUUUUAUUCUUUUGGUAUUUUUAUGUGGAGCUCAUCUUUGGUAUUCUCUGUAAAAAGUGAAGUAUUGGUAAGAGGAACAUGUGGAAUCGGGUAUAGAUUUUUUUACGAGGGCCUUGAGUAACUUUUGGAUUUACUGUUGUAUGAUCUAUCAUCAUUCGGCAUACUAGAAUCUAAUUCGGAAGACUUUGAACACUUUACAUUUAAUUAUAUUUGGAAAUGAGAAGGAAUCUGGUGAUGAAAAAAUAGUACUCAAUUUCUUAAUAGAAAAAUGGUUCGAGAAAAGAGAUUUUUGGGGAUGCUUAAAUUGUCGUUACCCAUAAUGGAAGCAGCAUAACGAUGGUGCAUGUCACUAACAAUUUUAGUUACGAGGGCCAAAAUAAAUUGAAUACCUUAGUGAAUGUGUCACGCGCCGUGAUGCACUAUAUUAUACCAUUUUCGGAAUAAAUAAAUGCGACAAGCGAUAAAAGAGAUUCAUAGCUGUCACACGUACUGCGUUUAAAUUAUUUUUCAUUAAAUUGAAUCUUUGAACAUUUAAUUAUUUUUCUGAUUUAUUUACAGAUUGGACGAUGAUAGAAAUAAUAAAAAUUUAGACGGUACCGGAGACGAUGUGUUUGUGAGUCUAGACGCGUUUGAUAUGCUUACCGAUUUUCAAGAACUCGAUAUCUUGGAACACGCGACACAACAAGCUUCAAGUAUGUAAUUGAUGACGUUUUUGUUUUUUAGUUUACAAUAAGAAAAACAAAAUGUUUACACUUUUGUAGAUCUAGUUACGGAUAUCGGGGCGAAUCCGAUGGACUUACAACCACACCACGGGCAAACACAACUGGACAUGGACGUAUUGCAAAUAACCGAUUAUUGCCCCGAAUGGGCUUUCCCCGAGGUUCGUUAUUACAAGUACCUAAUUGUUUCAUAGUACAAUAUUUAUAAAACGAUUCAAUUUAGGGAGGUGUCAAGGUACUUAUAACAGGCCCUUGGUUUUCUUCGUCGUCGUACACAGUCAUGUUCGAUACCAUCACGGUUCCAAGUACUUUGAUUCAGGGAGGUGUUCUACGGUGUUAUUGUCCGGGUAAAUAUUGUAAAAAUAUCCAUAUAGAGAGAAUAAUUAUUAAUUAUUAUAUAAAAUAAAAUAAUAGCAUUGUAUAUAAUAUUAAUAUUUGUAUUGAUUUGUUUUUGAAAAAAAGAUAAAUUAAAUUUUUAUUUAAUUAAAAAAAACUGUUUUAAAUUUGCCGCAGCUCACGAUAUAGGGACCGUCGCAUUACAAGUAGUUAUUGACGGAAGACCGGUAUCGACCACUGCUGUUUUUGAAUAUCGCCAACACGAAUUUCCACUCACCAUAUCGUCGUUGACAACGCCGCACACGCCCUCACUACUCAAGUUUCAUUUGCUUCAAAAACUCGAUAACCUCGAAGAUUAUUUACAGCCAAACAGUCAUGAAAAUGAUCAUCCACUAGUACGAAUGGCUUUUAUUACUUUUAAACAACGAUUGAUAAAUGAUGGUAAUCUAGUAAUAAUAUUUUAUUAAAUUAUAGAAAGAAAAUAUCGUAAUGUUUGGCAAGCCAAACUUUGAAGACAAAUUAGUAAAUUAUUGUGAAAAAAUGAAACAGUUCUCUUGGAAAUCUGAAUCUGAAUGUAAUGUUAAGCACUUGGAAACAGAAACAACUAUAUUACACAUGGCGGCUUUUCUUGGAUAUUCUAAGUACGAUUUUUAAGACAACAGCAAUCAUAAUAAUUAUUUAAAUAAUACAUUGUUAUUUUUAUCUUCUCUUCUUUGAUUUUUAGACUCGUGUGUAUUCUUCUUCAAUGGAAAUUAGAAAAUGUGUCACUAUUUUUGGAAACUGAAGUCAACGUUUCCAAACAGGAUCGUGAAGGAUAUACGCCACUCGUAAAAUUAUGUUUGUUAAAUAUUUGUGAAUUUAUUCUAACGUAAUCAUAUUUUUUGUAUAGAUGUGGGCUUGUAAAAAAGGACACAAAGACACGGCGGUUUUACUUUGUCAGUGGUAUCAGACCGUUCAAAACUCUAAUAAUUUCAAUCCAGAUUUCGCUCACCCCGAUAUUUUAGAAUCGGUUCAUCAAUGUAGGAAACAAAUAAUAAUAUUUUAACCGGUAUUAUACAUAAUAUUAUUUAUGGUUUCAGAUUUUAAUGAUUUCAAUCAAAAUCAGUAUUAUACUGAUGAGCAAUUAAGUAACGAUGUAUUUUUGAGACCCAACGAAAACGGAAUCAUCUGGUACGAAAUAAAUUAAUGCGUAUAACUUGAUGUGUCAUUUAUUUGUCUUUAUUUAUAUUGUUAUUAUAGUGAUGAUAAAAAAGAAAUUAAUCAAAAAUUCGAAGAGCCAAAUAAUCUAAUGCCACUACCGACUAAUAAUAAUAAAUCGGUUACCGUAUUAUGUUAGUUUUAUUUAUUAUUUAAACGCACUGUUUAAGAGAAGGAGAAAAUAUUUAAUUUAAUAUUAACAUUUAAGGUUCAAAAGAACAAAACAGACCGUAUAAAAACGAUAUAAAACCUCAAGAAACGCAAGGUUCAAAAAGACCGCAUCCAAGCGAUUUUUUGCAAACGGACGACUAUAACUACGAUCAAUUUUGCAAACCUUCACUCUACUUUCCUUCCAUUCAAAAGUAAAUUAUUUCAAUAAUUUCAAAUGUUUUAGUACUUUUGUAUAAUAAAAUUAUUAAACCUUAUACAACUGACCAUUUCGCUUUCUAUACAGAAUGAUAAAUAUAACGUAAGACACUCAUUAUUUCGUAAAGUAUUAAUUUUCUUCCGAAACGGUUUUUUAGCAUAUUUAAGAAACGAACAAUUAUUAAACCACCCUACUCCAUGAAUGAUGCUCCACCACUAUACUUAUCCUACUUUACAUACUAAAAGUUUUCCUUAAAAUUAAAAACUAGGAGGGUGUUAAUAGGAGGAUGACAAAAAAUAAGAGAAAUUUAACAUUUUAGGGUUGUUUGUUUUUUAAAUAUUCUAAUAUUGUUUUCUGUAUAAUUAUACUCUUCUACACUACACGCGUAAGUGCGCUAUACUCGUUUAUGAUAAUAUGAAGUGGAACAUGACUUAAAAUAAAUUAAUAUUGAUAAUAUAAUUUAUAGGCUAUAAUAUAUACAUAUAAAAAUAUAACAAUAUGUGUGUUUCAAAAUUGGAAGUUGGAAAAUGAAGACGAAGAAAGUACACUUCAGUAACUACUUUCUCGUACAACCCAUUGUUAAUGGACAAAGAAAUUACCUAUAAUUAUAUAAAUGCAUACUAAACACAAAAUAUAAGAACAGUCUAAUAAUACAAUUAUACAAAUCUAUUACCUAUUCUAUAUCACAAAAAAUACUAGACAAAAAGUAUACACCAGUGCAGUCUCAUCGAAAAAGCUAUAAAAAUCAAAUUUCGGGAAAAGUUAACGUUUACUGGGAUAAGGAGUGUUUUACGUUAUAUUGACACUCUAUAUGUAUAAUACCUAAAUAUUAAUUUUAUUACUAUUGUUAUAAAGAUUCCAAAAGAACUUAUUUUUACCAUUACAAUCUCCUACGUCGGACAGUGGAAUUUCGUCAGAAAAGUCACCCGUUCUAACCAAGUCCGAUUUUAUAACUUGUAAGUAUCUUAUAUUUAUUUAAUAAUUUGGUUUCUAUAUAAUAUUAUAUCUUAUUAUAUUAUUAUAUAUUAAACAAACAAAAUAUACUUCAAAAUUUCGCUUUUAACAGUGUAUACUUGAUUAUAAUAUUGUAAUUCAGAUAAAUUAAAAUCUAUACAUAUAUUAUUAUAUAUGCCGAGUGGUAUAUAAUAUUUUAGCAAAUAUUGAAGUAUAAAUAAGUCGCGUAAAUAUUUUUUUAGACGUAUCUAUUUAUAUUGAACACUACAAAAUAAAUUAAUGAUGUUUAAAAUUAUAUUAUCAUGUGUAUUAUAUUAUUAUAAUCGUCAUAACCCGUCGACAAUAUUAUUAUAUUAUUAUACCGUCGUUAUAUUACGCUAUAAUUUAUAUUUAGAUAUAAAAGAAUAUGUGUACGAAAUUAGUUAUAUUAUAAUAUUAUAACAUUCGAAUCAAAUAAUAUUGUUAUAUAUUUCAGUGGCGGAUCCAGGGGGAGGGUCAAUCGCUCUCCAAUAUACUAUUAGUUUGAUUUCCAUCAUAAGUGUGUGUCUUAUAUACAUUUUAAAAAUCAUGCCGUCCUUCGUUAUCUUAUUCUGGAUCCGCCCCUGAUUCAUUGUUAUGUUUAUUUACCAUAUUUACCAAUUCGGAGAUUGUAUUAUAAGACAUACACCCCAUGUAUGAUAUUAUUAUUAUUAUUAUACUUAUGCUAAUAUAGUGUCUGUCGAUUUUAUUUGCAUUGGUUCGUUUGUGAGAUUUGUGUCUUAUGUGUAUGUGUGGAUGUGUGUGUGUGUGUGUGUGAAGUGCGGCACACAACUUGUCGCAUAUUAUGCUUAAUAAUAAAAUAAUAUUCCCUUUGGUAAAUCGUAUACAACCACUUGAGUAUAAAAUUAUUCAGAUAUUCAGUUUCCUAAACCUGUGUCAUUGCAUUUAUUUAAUAUUGCUUUCACAUUCUAUACAAAUCAUAGGCAUUAAUAAUGUACUAGGUAUACAGGGACACGUAGAAGCGUAUUAUCGUAUAAACGUUUAACUUUAAAUUUUAAAAUUAAGUAUGCUUACAGUCAUUUUUUUUUAUAAUUGUUGGUCUGAAAUCACGAAAUUUGACAUAUCUAAUUACCUACCAUUCAUAUUUUGAAUUUUAAACAUUUUUAUUUUAGUGAAAACUAAAAUGUAUUAUUAUUUUUAUGCCGUUUUAGAGGACUUAAAAGUGUCUUAUUUACUGAUAGUGGAUUUAAGAGACCAUAGUUAACCCUUCAAACUGAAUAAAAAUAUUUAAUUUCUUCUCCUGCCACAAAGAUACUGUCGAUGUAUGUAAUAAACUAAACAAAUUACAAUCUUAUAUACAUUACCUUCCAAACUUUACACCCACAACGUAAGGCCUAACCUCGUCGUGAAGUAUGUUCAGAUUUUGAAGUAAUUUAACCAUCGGUUUUAAUGGGAUAUCCGGUAGCUAUAUAUUAUUAUGCAUAUUAUAUUUCCGAAAUUUGAAAAGAAACACCGUGACGUAUCUACUAAAGAUAAUCGAUUUUGUUGUUCGACCUCGUCAAGUGUCUACAUUGCAUUGGAACUAUUUUAAUUCGAAGAUACACUUCAGGAAAUAAAAAUGUAUGUAAUUUUUUUUUUUUUUUUAAUACAGGACAAUAAUAUUAUAAUUUGGAAUUAUAUUUAUUUUAUAAAUCUUCGUUGGAAUAGAUAUUUUAUGGAAUAGUUUCGGUAUUGAAUAUCAAAUAUGAAUAUAAUUGCACAGUACUUUAACAGCCAUUACUAAUGGAACCAACUUCUCAUGGAGUAAUACGGUUUUGAUACGCAUAGUUUGAAUGUCAAUGAGAUCAACAGUGUUGUAAAUAACUUAUCAUUUUCAACAAGAAAUCACUAAAAUUUCAAUAAUUGUUGUCCGGUCGAAUAUAUUUUCGUUAAAUAUAAUUGCACUACAUAAUAUUAUUAUCAUCGGUUAUCCAACAAAAUAUACUCAUAAGUCAAUUUUGUUUUUUUUCUGUAAACAACUUAUCCCAAUAGUUUUCUUAAUAGUUGACAAAAUGUGUAUAAAAAUACGUGACCAUGCACGCAAUAAUGGUUUCUAUUAUAUAUAUUAUACAUUUCUAAAGGUAUACUGAGGUAUAAAUACCUAGAUGAGAAAUACAUUUUUAAUGAAAAAAAUCUCCUAAAUACGCCAUUGAAAUAUAAAGUAACAUAAUUAUAUCUUUAAAAUCGUACAUUUUUGGCGUAUGUCCUUUUUUAACAUUUUUUUUUCUACAGGGGAACAAGACGCACGAGUUUUGGCGUUGGCCGAACAAUUCAUAGCGGCUAUGCCCGAUCAUAUUAAGGUAUGAUUUUUUUGAUGUUUUCAUCACGUUUUAUACUUAAAGCUUUAUCUUUAAAAUUGUAAUAUUACUACCAGCUUUCUCAAUUUUCUAAUUAACAGAAUAUAAUAUAAUAUUUGUGCCGUUAUUAUAAUAGUUUUGAAUACUAUAUAGCACAUUAUUCGUGAUAACUAUAAGUAAAAUAAUUUCAGUGGUUUUUAACAGUUUGUCGUGGCGAUGCAUUUUUAUAUAAUAUACGCGUACAAAUAACGCAGUGCAAAUUCAAUUUUGAAAACUAAAUAAAUAUUAUCAUUAUGAAUAUAGAGUUUUAAAAGUUCAAUAGUGGCUAUCCUCUUCUUUAAACACUUAAAUAUUAGAAAGAGAUGUAAGAGGAAGGGAGGUAUAAAAUGUAUACUAUAGCUGCUAUUUAUUUGUUUCUGUGUACCACAAAAAUAUAAAAAAUUAGCACCACUAUUUAUAUUUUUUAGAACGAAAACGGAUCGCAUUGUAACAUUACAGAAUCGUCGAUUUCUAUGGAAGUCCUCGAAGAUCCUCCGUCUUCCGUGUCGUCGUGCUGUUUUGAUACCAGCUCUGAAAUAAACACUGCAGAAUUCAAUGAUCAUGUUUAUAACUAUCGGUAACAUAAUAUACUCGUCUUAUAAAUCUGUUUUCAAAUUAGAUUAUUUAAUUUUGUGUAUAAAAUGAUAUUUUAUUCUUUAUUUAAACUGAUUUCCACUGAAAUAAUAUCGUGUGAUAUAGAUUAAAAGACCGUGAAAUAGAGACACCCACGUCCAGCACGAAUUUAAGUCCAGUAUCGAGUGCGUCGCAGUGUUCGCCGAUGUCACCGCCACCCACCGCUGCUGAUUUAUGUGAAUUUCUUCACGCUUCGUCGAAAAAUCAAUAUUUCGAAAAUAAUUUCUCCAAUCUCACAUUAUCCGGUACGUAAAUGUAUUACCUAUACCAAUUAUUUUAAUUAAAAAAACCUCGUUACUAGUGUCGAAUAUUCUCCCAGUCUAUUUUGAAUUAUGUAGGAAUAUUUUUUGAAAAGCAAUAAAUCACCAAAUAAUCAUAAUAAGGGUAGGUGGUUGAAAUUUUAAAUUACAAAUGGACUUUAGUCCAUACAAAAUUAGAUCCUCCUAGUUUCAUUUAGGCAGUCUGUAAGGGUGUUAAAAGCUAAAAAAUCACUCUUCCCGCAACAAAUAUGGUGAGCUUCAAUCCAAUUUUUACCACUUCAAUGUAUUUAAAGUCUACAAAACAACUCUAACCCCCGAGUUUGAGCGUAUUGGAUCCAGAGGAAACCAUUAAAAAUGUCCUAAAGUAACGAGGUAAAGAUAUACACAAUACCGGAAUCCUAGCCAGGAUUUUUUAUUUUUUGAAGUAGGGUCUAAAUAUUUAAAUAUAAAUUGAUCACCAACUACCGAUAAUCUCGAUGGGGUUCAGAUCCCAUGGACCCCUCUUGGCUACGUGCCUGCAUAAUAAAACGUACACAAUAAGUCAAUACUGUUCAAUAGUGUAUACUUUUCGGGAAAAUUCGACACAAAAAGACAAAAACUAUUUAUUUAUUUUAAUAUACACAAAAUAUAUCAUUCAAAUAUAUAUUAUAUAGAUUAUGAACAAAGGGAGUUGUACGAAGCGGCUAAAAUAAUUCAAAAGGCGUACAGGACUUACAAGAAAAGAGAAGAAGAUAAAGAAAUUUCUGCCGCUUCAGUCAUACAGAAUUAUUACCGUCGUUACAAACAGGUUGAAAUGAUAAUAUAAAAUAAAAUUGACUCAAAUAUUUCGAUAAGGUCUCAAAUAUUGUAUGCCUCGAAUUACACUUAUUUUAAUCUAACUGCACUUAAAUCGAAAACAGGUAGGACAAUAAUCAUACUGCACUUAGGUCAAAAAAAGAAUUUCAAUAAUAAUAUUUAUAAGAAAACCCUAAUAAUUUAAACAUUUUAGAUUUGAAUCCGCCGCUGUUCAGUUAAAGUUAGUGAUUCUUAUAUGUACAAACAAUUUUAUAUCAUCUAUCUCAGAAUAUAAACGCUGUUCAAUAAUUUAUUGACUUCUCUUAGGUAUUAUAAAUAGUACAUAUUGUUUAAUGAAAUAUUUUUUUUAUCGGAUAUUUGGAUUUAAAAUAAAAUGUCUACAAUUUGACCGCGUUGGACCCGAGUGCAGUACAACCAUUACCUUGUUUUAACCAAAUGUUUAACGCAAGUAAAAUUUGACCAAUUUAAGUAUAAAGUGCAACUCGUCUAACACCUAAUAUUCAAUUCGCUAAAUUUUAUAUAUUAUUUAAAAUAAACCAAAACUAAAAAUCAUAUUAAACUCAAAUCAUACAUCUAAAGCGAAUGUAAUAUUAAUUUUCUUGUUAAUCAGAUUAAAAAACAAAUGAAAAUAUUUACGUAUUUAUGAAUUUUUGUAUUAAUCAAUUGUACACCGAUUUUUCUCAACAGUAUGCGUACUACAAACAGAUGACAAGAGCCGCGGUUUUAAUACAAAAUCAAUAUCGUUUGUACAGAAGACACAAACGGUUCAAAAAAGAAGUUCCUCAGCAUUACUCUAACAACGUUUUCUCUGUAAUCAAGUAAAUGCAUUAUUUAAUAUGAUCGUUUUCAAAUAGUAAAUGUUGAUCAUAAUAACUUGUAAUAAAAAUAACAGGAAAAGUCAGACUCAAAAACAGCAAAACCAAGCGGCUCGGAAAAUUCAACAAUUUAUGAGACAGUCCAAGAAUGGGUUUGUAUUUUAUUUGUAUUAAAUGUUUAAUAUUAUAAUAAAACUUAUUAUAAUUUUAUAGUUUAUAGGCUUCAAGUUCUAAAGCCAAGAUAAUAUUAACUGAUAUUAUAUUAUGAUUAUAGAAUCAUAGGCGCAAAUAGGGGAGGGGGUUCUUGGGGGUGACCAAAAAGUGUAAGAUCUCUUCUCCAACAUUUAUAUUAGUUGUUAGGAGUUACUUUAACAAUCCGUGCGAGUGAAAGAAGUUUCUCUUAAAAAAAACCUAUGUCAAGGAUUAUUAAAUGUAGGUAUUUAAAAAAUUAGUCAAUCGGAAUAGUAUUUAGUUACUUAUUUUUCGUAUGCUUAAUGAUCAUUUUCGAUUACAUUGGGUAGACGAAAAGUAUAGUUACGCGUUGCAAGCAAUAAUAACUGUAUACCUGUAAUACCUAGUACUAUAUAAGUACCUUAUACAAAAAUUAUCAAUAUAGGUAUUCCGUAGAUAUGGACCACGGAAGAAAUAACCGAUUUUAAGAAUUUUGAAAUUUGAAUAAUACGUAACUACGGUGUACUUAAAUUUUAAAUAUUCAAUCUAAGUUUAAUGACCUAGCUGUUAAAUAUCAGCUACGUGCCCCAUGGGCUAAUAGAUACCUCGUCACUUUCGAUAUUAUGUUAACAUGAUUAUAAGCGAUAAUGUGAUGACUACUGUCUAAAUAAAUUCUGAAGUGUUUUAUAAUUAAUAUUAACGAUUGAUGUUAUAUUAAUAUUUGUAUUCCAAAUUUUUUUUUUUUAAAGUAUUGUGAAUCGAAUAUAUUAGUAUAUUGAAUAUCGAAAUAAAACAAUUAUUGAAUUAUUAAUAAUAGUAUUUCUCUUAUUUACUCUCGUGAAUUUUGGAAAACUAUUUGGGGGUAUUUGGGGAUAUAGGACCGUAGCCUCCUCGGGUUUAUGAGAAUUAAUACGUAUAAUUUCAGAAUUUUCGUGAGGGUUUUAGUUGUGCCUAUGAUAUUUAAAAUGUAUCAGUGAAAUGUCAUUAGGUAUUUAUUGAUUAUUUUAAUAUUUUAUCGAAUAGUUGUAUAAUAUGUAUUAUUCAUAUAUUCGAAACUAUAAAUAAUUAUAUUAUUUAUUUACAGUACUUCUCCUCCUGUCACUGUAAGUUGUAACUUAUCUAACAAUAAAUAUUAAGCAAAUGCAACAUAAUAUUGUUAACUUAUAAUUAUUAUUAUUACAAUAUAAUAUGUAUAUUUAAGAAUUAUUAUUAAAAUUAAUGAUGGACUUGAUUUAAUAAAAAAUAAUGGAACUCAAGAAGAUCAAUAUGUUUCAAUGUUAAAAGUGGUAAAUAAAAUUAAGAGAGCGUGCUGUAUACUGUUUUUAAGGGAUUGUGUAUAUAGUAAUUUUUAUCGAAAUUUGUAGCAAAAUUAAAUGUUAUCAACUCGAAAAAAAUUUAAAUUCGCUUUCAAAUACAAGUAGUCCAGUGUCAUAAUCAUAAAUAUAACCGUGAAAUUAACUGCAAAAAUGUCUAUGAAAAACCCUUUUGCACGACUGCAAUAACUAAGAUUGAGAUUUAGUUAAGAAACCGAAAUUUUAGCCGUGAGAACGUGCACAGUGCAACGUUAGUUUUUGUUUUCUUUACCACUAUUACGAAACGCGUUAUUCUAGUUUAAACUAUUUAAAACUAUCCGAUUUUCAAAAAAAUAAUAACUUUCUUUUUAUUACAUUUGUAAUUGUUUCGAAAACACAAAACCAACGUCGCACAGUACGAGUUCUCUUUUUUCUCGGUGCAAAUUUGAUUCCUUAAUUAACUUUAUAGCCCGAGUAGUUAUUUGCCGCACAAAACAGUGUGUAUACAGUUGACUUAAACGGGCUGUAGUACGCCCUUAGUGUGUUAUCGUUAUCAAUUAUAUUAUAAUUUUAGAUCAUGGACUUAUAGAAAGUAUACUUAAUAUAAUCUUCCACACCCCGAAUAUUUCUUUAUUAUUAUUUUUAAUUGUGUUUUUGUGUAUUAUAAUAUUUCACAGAUUAAUGAACGCACUAUUGGAUCUCGUAAGCGGGAAGCUAACGGCAAUCACAAUAUGAAAUAUCCACCGACAAAAGUGGCCCAAUAUUCAACGGUCGACCGUAAAUAAUAAUUUAUUUUUGUACACGAUUAUCUUUAAUCGCGUAAUUUUCUUUCUAUCUUUGUUUAUAUAGAUUUUAGUUUGUUAAUCGAUUUUUUAUAGUGUUUAGAACACGUGUGCAGCAUUAGAUUUCGUAUAAUUUUCGCGAUUAUUUUGUCAUUUUAAAUUUGUACUCGAAUGCCAUAAAAAACCGUCCGGAAACUGUUCGUUUCGGAACUGGUUCGUGGGACAUUAAUAAUAAUAACUUUUUAUUAUCGUAAUAGUACACUUGACGUCAUUCCUAUAUUUAAAUGCAUAUACUUUAUUUCAUUAUUGCUUAAUAUACAGUUUAAAUGUUUAAUAACUAAAAUAAUGAUUUAAUUUAAAUAUAUUGUUCUACGCGUUACGCAUAUUAUUAUAGGUAUACUAUUUUAUGUGUGGCCGUGUGGGUAAUAGUCAGUGGCGCCGUUUAAAAAUAUUAUAGUCUAUAGUUGUGAACUGGAUCGAACUUGUUGGAUUUGUCUACUAACGAGAAAAGGAAUUAUUUACCAAAAAAAAAAUUAAAAAAUGUUCUAGAUUCCCUCGAAUAUUAUUCCUUCUAAUUUAAUUAGUAUUUUUUUAGUUGUCGUCAUACUUUUAAAGAAAUGGGUACGUAUAAUGUAUAACGUAUAUGUACCCAAAUCCUGUGUGAUUAAAAUCGCUAUAUAUAUGAUUUUAAAAGUAAAUAUCGUGAAAAUCUGCCCAAAAAGAAAUAUCGAAAAUUUGCGACCACGGGUUGUUUACCUACCUAUCUGUGAGGUCAUAGAAACACAAGAUAUCUGUAUGGAAUAUUUUUCGAUAUUUUAUUCCCAGAUCUAAAAGCUACCAGAGAUCAACCAAAAUGCUGACUCUUAUGAUAAGAGUAGGACGAUGUUAACAAGUAGCCCGUUCCCCUAUUACAAUGAUGUCACGGGUAAUAAUUAUUUUAUGCACAUGUCUUCUAUGUGGAUUUUGAAAUCAAUUUCUCCCAGAUAACAAUAUAUUAUUAUAAUAUACAAGUAGACGUAUCGCUAAAAUUUGUCCUCCUCUAGUAUUUCUAGGUUAUCGGUACAUAAAACUUAUACAAAAACGGGCUCAAAAAUACGGUUAAAAAUCAUUUAGAGAGUAGGAAAUAAUUCGGUAUUUUAUAUAUUUAAAUAUUAUAUAAAUGGAUUUUACCGUGUUAAAUCGAUAAUAGUUACAGGAACUAUAAUAACAAUUAUUAUAAUAUAAAGCAGUAUGGUUGGUGCGUUUUUUUUAAUUUAAAUACCGAUUCGUUUCGAUAUUGAUAUUGUAUAUCGACUAUACGUAGCUGGCAACAGGAAAAAAAUAUGCUCAUACAUUUUGCACUACCUAUUGAAAAAAAUAAUAAUAAUAAUAAUACCCGAAAAGAAUAAUGAAAAAGGAAGUUAUAUGAACAGAAAAAAAAAAACGAUACGAUUUCACAAACAUUUUCUUGUAAAUAAAUCAACAUUUUCUCUAUAUUAUAGUAUUAUAUGUGUAUUAUUAUUAUUAUAGUUGAACAAAUCGUUUACCUGUUAGAAUAAAUAAUAUGAUUAUCCUACAUUUAUUAUGAUUACCAAUGUGCUUAUUUGUACACGUGUAUGAUUUCGAUGUAAGUUUUAUCUUAAGUAUAGUUAAAUAGUUUAAAAAACGAGCGAUUUGCCGAACAUCUAAUUCAAUUCAUGCCGGUUUCUCGUUGGAAUUUCAGUACGUCUCAUAAGAACGCGAUACCCGCAGGCGCUGUAUCCGCCUAACAACCGUAUAUGACGUAGCAAACUUGAGUUCAGCAGGGACAACUUUUUAUGAUUAGUUUGAAUAUUAGAACAAAUUAUCGUAUUUUUAAUCUUAAAGGUAAGAAUGGUGCAUCCGCCAUUGAGAUUUUCCUUUUUUUUUUAUUUUCUAGUGAGAUACUCGUAAUAAAAUAUGUGAAUUAUCAUUGUUUUAAAACGCUUAUAUCUCGCUUAUAAAUUAAAAUAUCGAGAAAAAACCUCCGAAAUACACAAAGAGUGUCUUUACCUUUAAAUUUGAUACUAUUCACUAUCAAUUCACUCUGGAAUUUAAACUAACAGUAUGGAGAUAUCAUAUUAUGCGUAUAUCACGGUCUAACAAGAUUUGCAACACCAACAUUGUCGAACAGUUAUUACAACGAAUAAUAUUAUUUUAUUAUUACCGAUUAUUAAAACUAAAUUUAUAAAAACGGGUUUUCACUUUGAAUAAAGAAAACACGACGGUAUAAUAUAGUUGAUUGAUCCAUAAAACAGUAUUAUUGUAGUUCUUCUCUCGUUGUUUAUUCUUAAUAAUUUAGGCGCCAUAAGUUAACUCGUAAAAUUUGGGUGUAAUAGUUUACAUUAUAUUAUAAGCAUUAUUAUUAUUCAUUGUAAAUUUGAAAUUGAAAUCGUGUAAUGAUAAUUUAGACAAAACAUAUCCAGAUUAAAUUAUAAUAAUAUACCCAGUGGUGUAUUUAUUAUGAAGGAUAGAGUUAGAACGCCCAUUAAAUUAUAGAAUUUGUGUGUAUUUUCGGCUUGAAAUAAAUUCUGGCAGAGUGCAAUAUGGAAAUUAAUAUCAUCACGUACUACAACGGAUUAAAUUUAUACAGAAUUUGAAAGUACUAGUUAGUAGUAUAAAGUAUAUUGAUUAUUUAUUUCGAUGGUUUUUCUAAAAAAAAUUCUUUACAAGUUUUAUAAUCUUUUUAAAAAAAAUUGUUUCCGCUUUGUGACGAGGCGCAUUAGUUCUUGUCACCAACGAAAAUCCAGAUUUUGUCCUGUGCGAUAGAACUAAAAUUAAAAAAAAAAAACAAUUUAACCUUUGUAUUCUUUUAGACUUAAGUGGUUAUAAUAUUAGUACCCAACUCAUAUUGAUUUUUGUUAAUAUCUGUACUUGUCAAAAACUGAUUUUUAAGCGUUAAUUAUUUUGAUGACUUUUAAGUUGUAAAAUUCCUAAACCCCAGGUUAUCUAUACAAGAUUUAAAUAUUAUAAUUUGUUGUUACUACUGAUUUACAUUUUCGAUUGAAGUAAUUAGAGGGCUGUAAAAGUGUACAAGUUACUUGAAAUUUCAUCGCCAAUCCAUCCUGAUAAAUACGCCACUGAUUAGGUAUACUCUAUUAUGUUCCAUGCCCAAUGCUUAAACACUCAACAAUAAUAAUUACAUUCAAGGACAAAAACAUCUCGCCUUAAAUAAUAUUUAUUUCGUAAUAUGCAACAUUGAUCUUUAACUAGCCCCCUAUCGGUUGGGCAUGUAUCGUUACCGCAGAAAAAAAAAACAUAAAAGUAUAGAGCAGACAAAGUUAUAUUGUAAUUUAAAAAUUAAAAUAGUAAAAAAUAAUAAUAAUAUAAGUUUAGUUCAGAUUAGUUUAUAUCGUAUACAGUAAAUAAGCGAGAGAUAAAACAGUUUAUUUUAUAAAACAAUAGUAAUAACUAUGAAUAAAUAAAUACUUUUUAAUUGACGUUUUCAUUUUGAACAAGUGGUUUUAAAUUUACAUAUCCGGAUGCGGUAUUAAUGUAAAAUAUUUUACGGGAUAAAAUGCCCCUUGAUGAAACAAUUAAUUAUUAUCAAAACCUACAGAUACGCCUGAUGGAGUCCGAACCUUUUUUUUUUCUUGCGGAAACGAAUUUCCCUUCCCCUCGGUCACACUAAAGGUACUAUACCGACUCGAGUUGAGGAUAAAAACCAUGUUUUAUUCUAUAUAAGUACACCUAGUUUUCCUUUCUUAUUUUCCAUGAUAUUAAACGUAUAUCUGCAUUAUUUGUCUUACUAUAUUAUUAACUUUAUCUCUAAAUACCUACACUUACCACGCAUCGGUUCGAAUUGAAAAAAAAAUUGUGUUUUUUCAAAAGUACUGGUCGAUUAUUAUUAUUAUUAUUAUUAUUUAGUCUUUACAAUACUUUGAUAUUUUAUUAUUAUUCCUUUCGCCUAUUUGUUUUCUUCAAAAUAGAUGCCAUUGGGUAAACAUAUUAUUCUAUAAUAGUUAUAUGAUAAAUAAAAAAAUAUAUAUGUAACUUAAAUACGUCCGGUAAUAAUUAUUUACGUAUUUACAUAUACGAUUUUUUAGUGCUGCUCAAUUUGAAUAUAACAAUAAGAUUUUUUUUAUUAUAUUCGUGAUUAAAAAUUGUUAAAC